CAUCGGCUGGCUCACUUCACCAUGCCACCAGGGAAAGGUAAGAAGCAGGGAGGGGGAAUAAAAUUUAAAAUCUAAACAAAGUUAAUGUUAAAAAUAAAUGCUCCUCCCCUAUAUUACACUCUGCACACACAUCCACUGCAAAAAUACACGCUGCAAUAAUUAUACUCUGCAUUCACUACAUUCUGCAUCUAAUGCAUAGAAACAUUACACAAAACGUAUAAUCUGCAUUCACUUAACACACUGCAUCCAUGACCCACAUACCGCAUCCACUACAUACAUUCUACAUCCCAUCCUCUAGACACACACCACAUUCAGUGCACACACUUGAUCCUUGUGGGCGGACUCCGGGCAGGCCCUGUGGAUGGACUAGGGAUCGGCCCCUGGGUGCCCAGACCUUUUGCUGUGUCAGGGCCCCCAAAACUUCUGAUGGCAGCCCUGUAAUACAUACAAUGUGUGACAAAUUCAUCCAGUGGAGUCUAGCUAAAUAAAAUUAAGGAUAAGUCCUAAUGAGUCACUUUACAGGAUAUCGGGUUUAAAAUGCAUCCACUAAAGUGGAAAAGGUAUAUUUUUACUAACUACAGUUUUAGGUUGAGUAGGUGUAUUGUAUGGUAACUUUUUUUUUUUUUUUUCUCCAGUAUAAGCCCUGAGAUUGCCUUCAUUAAACACUCCUUGGAGAGUUACAUGGUCUGUAUCACAUGCUGGAAUGUUCUAUUUAGGGCCAGAGUCAUGUAGAGCAAGCACCAUGGUAACAAAUAGAAUGUAUAUUAUCACGGUUUUAGCACUUGUGUCUGGUGUUUGGCCAUCCGGCAGGGCACGUGUUGAAAGUCACCUCGUCACGUGCUUCCCUCCUGGUCCAACGUUCCAUUGGCCACGCCCCGUGGCUGCGCAGGAGGAAGGAGGCGGGAAAACCGUGAGUGCCCUGCAGGGAGGAAGCAUGGUGCUGGGCAGAGCUAUGUACAUGGUGUCUGCAGAGAAUGGGGGUCGCCGGGAGAAGGUAAUGGGGCCCCUAUCCCCCACCUCCAGUGGCACUCUCACUCUGUGAUUGGGAUGGGAAUCAUGGGGUCUGCUAGCUUAAAUCUAUUAUGGGAAAGCAGAGGCUAUUAGUGUACCCUUGGUUAAUGCAUGCAAAUGUUGGGGUGGGUUCCUCCAUGCUCUGAGCCUGCAGAAUGGCAGGGCCUAUCACUCAAGGAUUUGGGUUACUAGGGGUGCAUGGAGGGUUAAUUUACUAGGAAAACUACAUGAAGUGCUUUCAGGGGGAGGUAUUGGGGGUGUACAGAAUAGGGACUUAAUUUGGUGGUUUGGACACCCCAAGUUGGAAUCUGGUUUGUACAUAACUUUUAUUUUCCCCUGGGGAUUUUUAGUUAAAUAUGUAGUAUUGCAUGGUCAGGUGUAUACUGCAUGUUUGUGAGUUGAGCUCUCUUCUGGUAAGUAAUACAUAAAACACAAUGUACGGAUAUGGACAUAAACAUUGCAUAAUGCAAGACUUCAGGACCAGCUGCAGGCUGAUACUUCCCAGCACUUCUUAUUUCAUACACCCCUGCAUGCAGGCUUGAUUUGACUCGACCAAAAUAAUUACAAAUAAAACGAUUUGCCAGGUCCACCUGUAUUUGUAGCCGCUGCAAAGAACGUUUUCCAGAGCAGAAGUACUUGAAACCUCAGACAUUUCCCAGAUUGGAGCACGGAGUACACAUUUUUAACAGCGCUUCUUUCUAGAACUAGCUCACUAUAGGGGAAACGGAGGAGUGGUUACUCUCAAAUGCUUCCUUUACAAUGCAAUGACAAACGUGUAACAUAUAUAUUUUAGGUAUCGAUCUUGAGUUUCCCACCCUGCACUAUGUAUAAAAGUAGCUCUAUUAAUCAUUGCACAUGGCCACUCUAAGCACCAUAACUGUAAUUGCAAAGGUGAUGGUGCGUGCUUUGCACCUGCAUAUUAAAUAAGUGGCUUAGAACUACAGUUUGAUAGAAUGAGUUCUGGGCAGCCUGUGCUAAUUUAGUCCGUUGUGCUUAUGGAAUCUACACACAGCUUAGGCUGCAGUCUCCUGGGAGACCGCUGGAUCAAGCAGACAUCACCACAGGCUGGUUUGCUAAACAUUGUUUGCAGCUGACCUGUAUGGAUACCAUAAUUUUAUAGAGUAGUUCUGCUUGGUGAUGUUUGGGCUCAGUUUGUGGGAUAAGUCUCUUCUUGCUUAGAGAGACGCAGACCCACUGACCUACAUGAAGAGAAACUUAGAGUAAUUAAUACUUUAAAAAAGUAAGCUAUGGUGCAAGAGUUUUUUUUUUUUGAGAUCGUGGAUCUCCUGAUGUUAAACGAAAACACCAAUCACUCUUUGCAAACCUUCAACUGUCUGUCACACAAGUGAUGUAUUUCACCCCACUAAACCUUAUUACAACUUUUUCCUUGAAUAGAGAAACAAAGAUGAGUAAAGCAAAUCUCUUGCAAUGAUGCAUGUGAUGCAAUUGUCAUACUUUGGCACAUCCCAUAGUUUUGUUGUUUUAACAUUUGGGUUGUGCAAAAAGGAAAACUGGUGGAAAGCACAAUAGAAGUUUUUAAACAGCCAGGGGUCUACCCAGAUCUAGACCAUAUCGGAAUACCCAAUAUUACCCUUUCUAAAUCAGGUGAAAACGUGCAUGGGCCAAUAGGACACUUAAGGUUGAUUUACAGUUAUGAAGCAAUGAAGUCCAUAUUCUUGGAUUUGACUUCCUUCUUCGUCACAAGAUUUCAUAAUUAAUACUAUGACUGUUGUAUUGCAGUGUGACUUGCUGAGCAUCUUGCAUAAAUCUCAGUACUACAGAUGCUUCUGUGACUGCUGCUAGCAUCAAUGUUGUAGUGCUCUGUCAAUAUUGAGUGCAAAAUGAUUUGGUUAAGAGUACCUUGCUUUCAUUACAAAUUCACAUUAAAAAAGUAAAAGCAGACUGUGUUCCUAGCUUUUUGCCACAAGAUUUAUUUUGGCAGGACAGCCAUCAACCUAAUCAACUUCAAUGGAUGACAUCCAGCUCUUAGUUGUUGAAAUAUGCCACAAACCUACUCGGUCAGGUAGCUUCUGAUCUGGACCAAUCAAAUUCUGGUAGGACAUUUCUCCUUGUGAAUUGAGAUCUGGCUACAGUGCGUCUAAUAAGUAUUUCCCUUGCACCUUCUGAAUUUUGUUUGAAAAGGCCAAAAUUCUAUUUUAGUUUCAGGUUUUUUAAGACUGAUUUUGAACCACCAAAUAGAUGUUAUCAGAAGUAUUCACAAUAUGGCACUACAUCCUUGACUGCAAAUACAGUGGUGAAUAUUUUGUUGGUUUGGCUCUAUAAUUACUGCAUGGAUGGAUACUGCAGUUUGCAUUCAAGACUGAUAAACUCUCAAAGUCUGGACUUCAAUGUUUGACUCGGUGUGAAGUAUCUUGAAAGUGAAACGUUCACCUCUGGAAUCAACUUCCCUUCUGACCAGUUUCCUAGUCUUGGCCAACAAACAUUCCUACUGCAUAUCCCUACCAUGCUUCAGUGAGGAUGGUAUUAUCGUAAUGACCUUGGUGCUGUCAAACCAGAGGUUUUUCCAAACUUGCUUUUUUCCCCAUAUGCAUUUUGAUAAAUUCAAAACUUGUUUUUCGGGAUCUUUAUUGCCACUCUUCCAUGCAGUGGAGUAUCUGUUAUGGUUGUCCCAUAGAUUGCUUUCCAAUCUUGCCUGUGGAUUUCGCCGGCUCAUUCAGUGUUCUUGGCUUGUGGUUGGUUACUCUGUAGAAUAGUGAAUAUUUGAGAAACGUUUUAGAACCAAACUGCUUCUCAACGUUACACUGAACUUGUUUUGAUGGCUUCAUAAUAUAUUGUGAUGCUGUCUAACAGACCUUGAGGCAUUCAGGAAUGGUUGUUUUUUUUUUUUCAUCACUGGACUAAGUGCACACUCAAUUCAAUCUAUUAUGUGACUUUUGAAGGUGGUAAUUGCUGGCUCACCUUACUAGGUACACUGUAGGCCAUGGGUGUCCAACCUUACGGCUUCUCUCUGCUGCAUUGAGCAAAGAGGAAUUGUCUUGGGCCACACAAUAUUUCAUGUAUAUACAUAAAACUUCAAACGCCUUCUUCAUUUUCAAUUGUUUAGUAGAUAACUCCCUUAUUUGUUAUCGUUUAGCAAACUAUCUACUAAACACACGUGUAUAGAAGUAUGCACACAUAACCAGAUAGUGUAUAUAAUCACACAAACAUACAAUCAAAGACCUAUACAAAUAAUCACAGAAAUACGCACACAAUCUCAGACCCCCACACACCUGCAACCACUGGCCUAUGCACACAGUUGGACCCCCCACACACAUGCAAUCAGAUAUACAUACCACAUUCACACAUUCAGUAAUUAAGAGGUACACGCAGCCUCCCUACCUUGCUCUGGGAGGGCUGGAGUGAAUCUGAUGGCCAGUGGUUGCUGUUGGGAUGGGAUCUGUUCCUCCUGCACAGGUCCCACUCACACCCAGUAGUGAUGACGUCCUAUCCUGGCUGCCGGCUCACUACAGGGCGCAAGGGAACUGUGCAGGAGGAGCACAGUUAGUGAAGUGCUUCCCUUGCCGCCCAGCAACCAGGCUGCAAUACUACUGGUUCCAGGCUUGGGUUUGGACAAGCCUGCUGUAGGCACCAGAACAGUUGCAGCUUAAUCUAUUUGUUCUGUCACUUGGGGGCUCUGAGUAAUUGCUGCCACUUUCUGAGAAGGCAAUGUUAACACUAAAAGGGCUCCCUGGAUUUCAGCCCUGCAAUCUAGAAUGUUCAGUGUUUACAUGCAGGAAUGUGGAGAUGAAAGCUUGUCAUAGUGAUACAAUGACUUCAUGCAUCUGAGGAGAUGCUAAGUAGUGAUUUGCUGUGUUUGUGCACUAGCCUUCCAAUUCUUGAGUCAUUGUCUUGACUGAGAUUAUCAGGAUUGGUCUUGGCUGGAGCAAUACCAGCAUGCCUCUUUUCAACUUUUUAUUUUUUUAGAAGUCUGGGGGCCAAAUAACCCAAAUUGGUAGAACACUGUCAUUUCUAUUCCUAACACUAUAUAGUGUUCCUUUAAGACUUUACCCAUAUUGUUAUGAAACUUCUGGUAGGGUCUCUUAACAGGAUUACAUUUAUAUUGAAUAUAAAAUUUUAGAUAUCAAUACAGCUAUUUACCAAUGUUCUGGAAGGUCACAUCUCCCUCUCUGAUACAAAUGUUUCUAUUUUUUUUCCCCUUCCUUGCAAUGUGUGCCCUCACUACGCCAGGGCUGAACUGAAUUUUAUUAGACACGUAGGCGAGUAUUAUGCUUUCUCUAUCCUUUAAUUUUUAUCAGCAGCAAAGAGAAUAAGAAUAAAACAUAACAUUGCCUAGUAACGGUGCAACCGAUCACCACUCUAUAGAUCUAUAUAUCUAUAUAUAUUUUUUUAUAUCGGGUGUUGCACUCCUAAACUUCUUUCUUCUCUGCUCCCUCAAACCAGCCAAGUACCUUGUUUCUACACUGCAACUUAGUUAGAUUGCUAAGAAUUCACAUUGUUUUGCUUGGUUUCUACUUACAUUUUGUUGCGAUUACUAUGACUGGGAAGUGUGCCUGGUCUUUUUAAUGCCUUAGUACUUGACUGGGGUGGCCUGACACCCCCCCCCCCCUUCUCUGCCUCCCUCUAGGCCAGGCCUAGGCAACCUUCAGCACUGCAAAUGUUUUGUACUACACCUCCCAUGAUGCUUUGCCAGCAACAUGGGUGUAAGAGCAUUGUGGGGUUGUAGUCCACAACAUCUGGAGUGCCAAAGGUUGCCUAUCCCUGCUCUAGGUGAAAAUUUGCCUGGACGAGGGAAGGCAACAGAGGCCCCUUUGCAGCUGUUCCCUCACUACCUGCGGGAUACCAUGGCCGCCAGGACCCGCUUGCAGCUCUUAGCUGCAAUAUAACACGUAAUUGUUAUAGGUGAUCAAUGUAUUUACUGGGAACUAGUGGUUCCCUUUUAACUGUUAACCCUGUCCACACUGAGGUAUAACGUGUACAUCUAGAGCUGAGGUCUCCUCCCCAGAGAGCUGUGCCUAUUGCCCAGUGAAUUUUUCUGUGUAAAAGGACCAUUCCACUGUUUCUAUUAGUUUAGAAGCAUUUCCCUCAUUGUAAGUGUAACUGCUCUUGGUUAAAAUUAUCCAACCUUUUGCUAGACCAUAAAGCAAAUGUCAGGUGAGUGGUUUCUGACUGGAUGCCCUUCCUUGUGAUUGAGGGUUCUGCUUAUUACUAACGUGCUGUUCAUAUAAAGGAAAGUGGUACUGUCAGAACUACAUACCUGUAUUCCUGACACUAUAGUGUUGUGGCUGCUUAGGUGACCAGCCUCCCUUCUAUUCCUGGAAAGGUGAAUUUACACUAAGAAAACAAACAUUUUCCAAAACAUUCCCCCCCAUGCUGGUCUCUUCACAUGUGGCCCUGUCUCUAUAGCUGUGAUCAAGAUUGAUCUCAGACAAUCCAAUGCUUUCCAAUGCAAAUUCUGCAUCUCUAUGGGGAAUGUUCAGCCCUCCAUGCAGGGCGUGAAGAUGCUGUAUUCCAGUGCAGCAGUGUGCACCUCUAGUGACAGCCUGAUUGUCAGUCACCGGAGGUGUUACUGUGUAUUGCUUUAAACGCUGCCUUUUCUCUAAAAAGACAGUGUUAAUGGUAAAAAGCUAUAGGCACUAUAAUUAUAUCAAGCCAUAGUUCUGGUGACUAUAGCGUCACUUUAAGUUGUGGUUAAAUCACGGAAUAGAAACUCGCCACUCAAUAGCAACAGAAGUGAUUUUUGUCUAAAAUUUGCAGUUUAUAAAUUUGUCUAAUUUUGUUUUGCAGUAAUGCAAUCUGUUAUGUAUCAUUUUAUCUCUUGGUUUGAAUUCCCACUGCAUUUGGUCUCUCUUGUAGUCUACAAACACUUUAAUGGGUCACUCCCACUACCAUGGCAACUUCUGCUUUUUAACCCCUUAAGGACUGGACUGUUUUUGCGAUGUACAUUUGCAACCAGGCCUCUCUUUACACUUUUGUGGUGGUUGUGUUUAGCUGUAAUUUUCCUCUCAUUUACUGUUCCCAAACACAUUAUAUUUUUUUUUCAGGACAAAAGGGGCUUUCUUUACAUACCAUUAUUUAUUAAUUUAAUUUAAAAAAAGAUGAAAAAUAAGAAAAUACAUGUUUUUUGACUUUUUUACUUGAAUCUUUUGCUCAUCUACAAAAGCGAAUGGGGAAAAAAAACCCUGCUAAAUAGAUUCAAAAUGUUGUCCUGAGUUUAAAAAUACCCAGUGUUUACGUGAUUUUUUUGCAAGUUAUAGGGCUAUAGGUACAAGUAGAAUAUUGCGGUUUCAAAACAUACAUCUUUAAAAUUUAUCAAUAGUGACAUUGUAACACUGUUAUCUCUCAUAAAUCUCUGAAUAACACCCCACAUGUAUGUAUUUUUUUUUUUUUUAAAGUAGACAACCCAGGGUAUUCAAUAUGGGGUAUGUCCAGUCUCUUUUAGUAGCCACUAAGUCGAAAACACUGGCCAAAGUUAGCAUUCAUAUGUGUGAGAGAACUAAAUUGAACGCUAAUUUUGGCCAGUGUUUGUGACCAAGUGGUUACUAAAAAAGACUGGACAUACCCCAUUUGCAAUACUUUGGGUUGUCUUCUGCAAAUUGUAUGCCAUCAUGGGGGUAAUUCUCAUUCCUGGGCUACCAUACACUCUCAAAGGCAACGUAACCAACCUGGCCUUUUUCAAUGUAAAAAUAUUUGACCCUGUAACUUUCAUAACAUUAUAAAACCUGUACAUGGGGGUACUGUUAUAUUCGGGAGACUUUGCUGAACACAAAUAUUAGUGUUUCAAAACAGGAAAAUUAUCACAACUAUAUCAGUAAAAGUGCUGUUUGUGUGUGAAAAAUGCAAAAGUCGCUUUCACUGCCAAUAAUGCAGUGAUAGGUUUUAUUGUUUUAAAUCACUAAUAUUUGUGUUCAGCGAAGUCUCCUGAGUAAAACAGUACCCCCCAUGUACCGGUUUUAGGGUGUCAUAGAAAGUUACAGGGUAAAAUACAGUGCUAGCAAAUUAAAUUCUCUGGACUUUUGGCCUGGGUUGGCAGGCAGGUCCCUCAAAUUGCAAUCAAUAAAAUUACUGAUUUAUGUAAAAAAUAUUGCAUAAAUACGCGUGUAGAAUUUUUGUGUAUGCACAUUUAUAUAUUUGAAGUCUACAUGUAUAUUUAUGUAAUUUUGUAUAUGGACAUAUGUAUAUUUUGUUUUAUAUAUAGAUAUAUACAAUUUCAUUCUAAGUGUUUUGAUAGUAAUAUUUAUAUCAAAAUAGUUAGAAUAAAAUUUCAGAUAUAUUUAAAACUUUUAUUAUUUUUACAUGUUUUUAUUUAAUUUAAAUUACUUAUUUGUAUUUUAUAAAAAUUUAUAUACAAUAUAUAAUUUGUACAUAUUAAUAUAAAAAUACUUAGUAUGACAUUAUAUAUAUAUGUGGACAUAUCUAGAUAUGUCUAUCAUAUAUACACAUAUAUAAUUUUUUUUUUUUAAAUUAACUUUAACUUUAAUUUUUUUUUAUGAUUUUACACUAGCAGGGAGACUGCCUGUCAGCACAGGGAGUCCACCUACAGGCAGACACAUGGACACCUAUUGUGACCAUGUGAUCGCUAAGAGUGAUCACAUGGCCACAGGGGUCCUAAUCCGCCGUGGGGAGACUCUGGGCUGCAGACAGUCUCCCCACAACGGGAGCAACACCGAUCGCCGCCGGGGGAACGACUUGCGAUCGGGUAAGUACAUUGGACCGUUAGGACGGUUCAGGACAGUCACCGGUCGGUAACGCAAAAAUGCAGAUGACGGUCCUGAACCGUCCUCAGUCCUUAAGGGGUUAAAAGUAGUCAAGGCGGUAUGAGUCUGUGCAGUGGUUUAAAACUACCUAUACUCAGAUAUGCCUUUUUAUUUUAUUUUGGGUAACUUGUAACUUGGCCUUUAACUUUGUUCUGAACUUGUAAUGUCAAUUCUGUGCAAAAAUGAGUGCUGCAACAGACCUAAUCUUCUGUAGGCUUUGCCUGCAAAACGAAGUGUGUCCUGUUAGACAUUUUUUAUGUCCCACAAUUAUCCUUGCAAUCCUCCUCUCUUCUUCAUCUCUUUAUACCAUUUAUUCUUUUAAUAUCCCUCCCUGCCUCCCUACCCUUAAUGUCUUGGCACAAACAUGCACUUUGAGAUAGAACGAUGCAAUCAAGUGAUCUUUUGAGAAGAAUUUGAUUGGGCCACGAGUGGGCAGCUGUGUCAGUACAGGGUGCAGUCUGGUACUGUAUUCUGGGUAAAUCUUUUCUACAGGGUCUUAUGGGAGUUGCUAAUAGUGUCCAAUAGGGCAUUCUAACUUUUUAAAUUCCUUAAAAGGGUUUGAGUAACCCCUUUAAAAAUAUGCUGCAUUUCAUAGGGGAUUCUGCAAAAUCUCGUUGUGCUCCUUUCAAUCUGACUCAUACGCCCAGCCAUCUGCUUGUGCUGUAUGAUCCGAAGCAGGAGUGGCCAGAGAGCAACUCCAAUGUGGUAGAACUUCCAACUCCUACUUGCAGACUAGCAAGGAAUGUUUGUAGUCCAGCAGAUAGGGAUACCUUUUCAGCCACCGCUGAUAAAUUACUCUAAUCCCUGUAUGACUAGGCAUUUUUCAGCUUGCAGGAACUUUGUGUUGUGCAUAAUGCUGUGACAUGUGGCAGACAACCUCACAGAUGCUAUCAGACUGGCUGCUACAGAGAUCACAUAAUAGGGAGAAAGGAAACAAUAACAUUCACAAGCAAAUGUCUGAUUUGUUUUGAUGCUACUUGCAGUGCUGUGUAGCACCCACUGAAUGGGUUAAGGCAAGUGGUGAGUGAUGCAUCGUCUGUGCAUUAUUUGCAUGUUCAUGGUCUGCGUGCUGCAUUAGGCUUGUAGCAGAGGUAGUGCUGUUGCCUGCCUAGUCCCCUCUAUGCAGAUCUGUAAUAUUCUGUGUAUCCGCCCAGUCCCGGGGGAGGUGCCUGUGCAGGCAUUGCUGCCACUUGUUGCUCUAUAUCGUGGCACAGAAGCAGCAUCUGCAGAGGGGCUCAAUCCUGGUAGCUGCUACAGAGGUGGGUCUGCCUUGGUCAGUGCAGUUUGUCCCUUUUUUUACAUUCUUACUGUGCAUAUUCUAUGCAGUUACUGUAGGUCUCCUGUAAAUAAUUUUUUUUAGCAGAAUAUUUUCUAUACAAGGUGUUCUGUCUAAUCACAGCUACGGUCCUGCGUUACACUCAUUUGUAGACAGAUCCUUGUAGAGAUUGCCUUCUGUUGGUAACAGUUGGUACAGAUCAGUCAUAUGACCUUAAAUCUUAUUAUCUGCAUCUAAAUUUAGAGGUGUAGGGUGUAGCGAUGCCCUUCCCUGUGAAAUUGCUGCGUACUGCCAGUUUGUGUAGAAACUGAAGCUGUGGGUACAUGUUGUGGCCCUUUUCAAUAUAAUGCUUGAAACAUUUGUUUACAGCAAUAUUCUGGUAUUUCUGGUUGAAGGCUUCAGAAAACCACCCUGGUUGCCAACGCAGUGUGCUUGCAGACAUUACAAAUGUUGUAUACAUUGCACUGAAAAUGACAAUUGCCUUAGUCAUGUGACCUGGUUAAUGAUCUAAUCUGUAGUAUUGGCAAGACUUUAAUGGGAUAAAUAUUUACAGAACUUAAUUUUGUUUAAAAAAAUAAUGCCUUAACAUCUUGUGCUCCAGUUUGGCACCUGCUAGGAUCUCUGAAAUGUUUAUACCUUCUAUGUUGCUUUAAGCCAUUAGUGUUCACUGUAAAUCAGCGUUAACAUUUUAUUAGUGUAAGUCAACUAAAGGGUUUGGAGAGUUGAGCUUUAUUACAUACGUAGACCCUUAGAAUUGUUUGUUCCUUUUUGAGUGCAUGAACAGAUUGACUUGCUCAUCUUCUCUAAUGAGCUGAUUGUGAAGUGUAGAUGUGAAAAUGCUGUUUUUUUUUUUUUGUUUUUUUUUUUGCAAGGCUAAAAUAAAUUGUGUUCUGAUGCAGUUUCUCCAGGGAGGUUUAUAUGUAUGUCUGUGACACUCUUUAUGAACCUACACUCCCACUGGGUUUUGUUUUUGUGUAUGCCUUGUCAAUUCUGGCAAAUGAGACCAAGGCUAGGCAGGCCUGAGAUACUGUAACGGUCAGAAUGUGGCUGCAGUAAUUGCAAUCUCGAGAUGCUCUUUGCCUGCCUCUAUUGGAAAAUUGCUGUCAUACACGGAGUUUGUCAGAAUUAACAGAUUUAUCACACAGAUUGUAAACUGCAAAAAUGGCAAGUUUGAAAAAUUCCUUUAAAGCAAAGCCGUGAGUACAACUGACUGAGACCUUUUGUAUGCAUUGUGCAGUUUGCCUUUGAGAAUCCUGUUUAGUGACCAAAUCCCACUGGCGCUUACAUCGCAAAAAUAUUACUGUUGCCUGGCUUUCUUGGCGAUAUAUAGAAAUAUGCACUGUGUAGGUAUAAUUAGAUUAAUCCUUUGUUACACAUGUGCUGAAUUGUGAUCCUCCUUUCUCAGUGUAUAAUUGUGCUAAUCCCACUGGGCUUGGGCUGUCUGACAUAUGCAGAGCUGUAAUUUGCCAUGUCUAGAAACUUUCUCUCAUUCCCUUGACAGAUUGCUUGUUAAAUGCUGCUUAUUCUACCUGUGAGCUGCUCUACUUUUGUGACUAACUGGUGAGCAGUGUUUUCAUUAAAAGCCUUUGUUUGAAAUGGAAUGCCCAUUGAUGAUAUUCUAUGCCCCCCACCCCCAUCCAUAAUAAAUGCUCAGUGUUUAAAAAGAAUUUACUUGCCUUAGUCUAGCGCCAGGUGAAGCUCCCUGACGCUUAUUGGCGCAUGACCUUGUGAGACAAUAGGAGCUGCACUGAGGUCCCAUCAAAGGCUCCUCAUAAGCCUUUGGAGUAUUUCAUGGGGAUCAGAGCACAUUGCAGGAUGAUGUAUUACUCAUAAUACAAUAUUCUAUCAUCUGUUACAGAUUAGGUUUGUGGUAGGAAUUUGCCCCUAACAAGCUUGGGUACAAUAUGCUAGGAAAUGAAUUCUUGUAAGACUGGCUACUCAAGUGUUUACCAGUUAUGUGCAAACUUACCAUGCAGCACUGAAUCUUGAAUGCCAUGGCUGGGAAAAAAAAUCUGUUCUUGCUGGGGUAAGCAACAUUCAGCACACCACUUUGCCAACAUAUGGGUUGCUUACCUCUGUGUUAAGGGGAUGAGAUGCAAUUUAAAAUAAUCCUGUGCAAUAUAUAUUUUUUUUAUACCAGGGGAAGAGUGAUGGUGUUAGGACUUAUUUUCCUGAUCCUUUAUUUUUAUUUUUUUAGAAAGAUGAUUUAGGAAGAGCUAAGGACUGCUGGGGUUGCCCCUCUGAUACCCCAGCACUUUCCACCUGCAGCAAUGCUGACAUAUUCCGCCGAAUUAACGCCAUGCUAGACAAUUCCCUGGAUUUCACUGGUGUCUGCACCACCCCCAAUUCCAAGGGCAAAUGUGACCACCUGCAUGGUAAGUGAUUUGUUAAUCUUUAUUCUGGUUAGAUAUGCCUGGGUGAUAUCAUCAUGAUUUCCUGUUCUAUAUGCUCAUUGGAGGAGUAGACUUAAGUGGCCAUAAUAGAUCUCCUUAAACAUUAAAACUAUUUCCCACAAUACUCUGCCAGUCUAAACAUGGCAGAUUAGUUCUGUAAGAGCUGGCUGAAAUCUACAUUUGCCCUGCUUUGUAGAUGUAGUGACUGUUUUUUAAUAUAAAGCUGCUGAUGGGGUUUUAGAAAGAAUUUGGCAUUAAAAGGACUCUAGUGCCUGCAGUCGUCUUGUCUGUCUUGAAACGGCUUAUGGCAGUUUAUGUAAAGACAACACAUUCCGUGUUGCUGUACAAUGGGUAAAAAAAGACAAAACUUUUAAUUCUAACACAUGACAUAAGAGAACAGUAAAUGAAGGGCCCUGCAUAAAAGAGCUUAAAAUAUUAAAAUAGAUCUGUGUAAUUGCUAUGCUAGACAACUGUGCAGUCACCUUUUAAAGGUACCCUGCCACGUGGAUUUUAGACGUGAAUUAAAGAUAUGCCAUUUUGGUACUGUACUGUGAGGUGCUCCUGCCAUAAACGGUACCACGCAUUCAAAUCUGACGUUGGCAGGGGGUGAAGAGUUCCCCGGCGCUGGAGAAAGGUACAUGGUUGAAGGGUUUUUAACCCAUUCAGCCCAGUGGGUGGGGGACCUAAUGACCCUAUAGUGCCAGGAAAACUAGUUUGUUUUCCUGGCACUAUAGUGCUCCUUUAACUACUGCCACUUGGAAAACUAAUCUGUAAGAAAGUUUACGGGACCAGUUUUGCGCACCAUAACUUCAUCAAAAUACAGUUAUGAUGCCUGGGGGUGUCCCUGGUGCUGGCUCACCUUUGGAUUUUGUUUGUAAGUUGUUCAACCUCUAAAAUCUGUUCCAGCACCAGAUCAUGCUCCUCCGUCCUCUUACUUUCUAGAUAAGGAAAGACAUGGACAGGGGUGAUACUGAUGUAUGUACCUUUUUUCAAUUUUUUUUUUUUAAUGAAUUGGGAGCUAUUGAUUGUCUUAGAGCAUCAGCUUACCUCUCUAAACCAAUCAGUAGCACCCCUGCUCAAGCCUUCCGUUAUUUAGGAUUUUAGAAAACAAGACAGGGGCCCGAGUGAUCACCGUUGGAGCACUGACUUUGAUAAAUGGUUUAACAGCUAAUAGUGAGCCAGCAAGCUCAUGGCACCAUAACUUAUUUUCAAUGAAGUUAUGUUGUCCAAACUAGUUCUUUAAGGAUGUGAAUACUUGGUUUACGUGUUUUUUUUUUAAAUUCAAAACAAGUUACCAGCUUAUUAUCCCAUAUGCAUUUAAAUAGCUAGAGGUAAAAGUGUAAGCUCACCUGCCACGUCAAGGCAAACCUCUUAGGCGAGUCCUAGACUAGCAAAUUACCUUGCUGUUUUCAGCUUUAAGGUAAUUGAGAUUGGUAGUUUUCUGAACACUACAUACUUAUUAACCAAUAACCGUUGCAGCCACCCAGGACUUUUGAGCAUAGGGCUGAAUUUUCUUUGUAUUUGCUUCUGUAUUACACAGCUAUGUUGGUGCGGCUGCCCAUGUUUUCCCAGUUUAGGAUUUAUAAAUGGUGUAGGGAUUAAGAAAAAUGCCCCUCUCUCUCAUUAGAGAUUUUUUCCUUUUGACUGAAAACUGCAAGGUGAUUUGUUAGUGUAAGACUCUUCCAAGAAGUUUUGACAUGACAUGGCAGGUGAACUUGCACUUUAAUGGCCAUUGGAGUGAUACAGAAUAAAACUUCCAGUUAUAUAAAUGUGCAUUGGGAUCUGGGAUAGUGUGCAAGUUACUUUUUUGGGGGGGAUUUUGUUUUAUGUAUUUGGGCUGAUGUAUACUGUAGCAUUGCUGCUGCCGAGAAGUAGUUGGGAGUAUUAUGCAUGUUUUAGGCUACCAAAAAUAAACCAAUAAAACUAAAGAAUUUUAUUAAACUUUUUAAAUUCUUUUUCAUCCUACUGUGGCAGAUAUGGUGCUGGAGCACCAGAUAAAUUGGACAGAACUAGGUUACACCUCACCCAAUAACAAUUACAGGAGGUUGUAGUUCACUAGAAUGCAGAGAAAUUUAAAUUUUAUUUAUGUAGCGCCAGCAAAUUCCAUAGUGCUGUACAAUGAGUGGACUAACAGACAUGUAAUUGUAACCAGCCAAAUGGACACACAGGAACAGAAGGAUUGAGGGCCCUGCUCAAUGAGCUUACAUGCUAGAGGGAGUGGGUAUAAUGACACAAAGGGUAUAAGUAGGGGUAAUGAAAGACUUUGCUAGAAAAGGGGAAUGAAAAUCCGCUAACAGUUUAGAUGAUAUGCCUUCCUGAAGUGUUUUCAAAGAUUUUUUUUUGUGGAGACUUGAUGAGUCUAACGGAGAAGGGAAGGGAGUUCCACAGAAAAGGUGCAGCCCUGGAUAAGUCUUGAAGGCGAGCAUUAAAGGUGGGAGUACGGACAGAGGAUAGACCUAGGGGUCUCGACGGGACAUACUUGUGUAUUAUGGAGGAUAGGUAGGUUGGAGCAGCAUUAUGUAGGGUCUUGUAAGAAAGUACCAGAAUCUUAAAUUGAGCCAUUGUAGUGAUGCACAGAAGGGUGAGACGUGGGAGGCGCGGUGGAUAGGAAGAUGAGCCUUGCCACCACAUUGUUUAUGAACUGUAAAGGCACGAGUUGGGAGCAUGUAAGACCCCUGAGAGGCAGAUUACACUUGGGAUAGGUGGGGGUGAUGCUGUGGAGGUAAAAAUCACCCUUUGGUCCUGGUCUGGGGUACAUCACCAGAAAUGCUAGAGACCUAGUUUUUUGCAUAUUGAUGUGCCUCAGUGGGUGUUAAUAUAGUAUACUCUGCCAGGUGUUCACUGUAAACAAACACACUUAUUGGUCACUUCUUGCGAUCUGGUUGUGCAAAUCUCUGGAUGUGACAGUUCAACUUUAACUCAUCCACUAUACUGGUCUUUUCUACAAUCUGCCUUUCCAUUCACUUAUCAGUCUUUGUUAAAUUUGUAAUAAUACUAUGGUUUCCAACAAGGACAGCUUAGACAAACUCACUGUUCAGGAAAAUAAAAUCAUAAGCCCAAACUGGUCAGUCUUUGCACUGGGAGGCAUUAUGAGAACAGUGCUAGUAAGGUGAAAUUGGGGAAGUGACAGUAAUUGUUUGACAUAAGUAGGUAAAUGUAAAAUGGCAGUUACCACCCAAGAUGCGAUAAAGGACAAGGGAUACCUGUUUAACAUCAAGACAACUUGGCUAUUGAGACAUAUCAAGGCAAAGGAAUAAUUGCUGGCUUGAACAGCUUACUGAAGUUGUUAUAGUGCCUCUAGGCCUUCCACCCCUGUGCUACCCCCAAAAUGUAAUCUAUUUAGAAGUGUGGCUUAGUUAUGCCUUCAAGCCCUCUGGGUACUAGCUCUCAUAACUAGGCAUACUGUAGCAGAACAUGCUCAAGCACAAUAUCACCAUAUGUCAUAGAUUUAUUGCUUGCAAAGAUUUUCUGACAGAAUCAUAGGCAUGCAACAUAAGACUACUCCCAGUGCUUAUCGGAGGAUCAUUGGAUGGUCAUUAUCCAGGAUGACUCUAUCAAGGAGUAGGCAGCUGCGCUGGAGAAAAUUGGCUACAAUUUAUUAGUGCAUGGAGUGGGCCAUAAUUGGGUCAAGGGUACUACAGUGUUAAAUAUACAGAUUUGUAUUCGGAAUGCUAAUUUUCCUUUAAGGCAUUCUAUUGGUUUCCAUGGUAAUUGCCAAUUGGCCCUUAGCCCAGAAUUGCUGGUGUUUUUUUGCUUUGAUUCCCCUGUGAAACUGCAGUCAUGUAAAGCCAGGCUUUACAUUAAUUCAAAUGUUGCUCGUUGGAGACACUCUAAGAUGCCUGGAGUCUAAAGGUUUACAACAGUGAUAUUUGAGAAAUGUUGCAAAUAAACAAUUCAUAUGAACAACCUAGAUCUCUUGUUUUGAAAUAGUUUGGUAGGGGGCGCUGUGCUGCAGUUUGGCCUAGUGAAAUGGUCUCUUGUAAAAUGAGUUUUUUAUUUUAUUUAAAUUUUCACUGAGAUCCACAAAAAGCACACUAAUCAAAGUUAGUGAAAGAAUCGUAAUCACUACAGCCUUAAAUAGUAGUUAUACCCAGAGUACUCUGCCUUGGUAAUGUGGCAAACCACCUGGCAACAUUUAAUCACCUUACCUGGGUGUUUUUCAGGCUCUGAUGCUCCCUAGUGGUCUAGUGAAGGUGUCAGCUGACUGCUAUAAGCCAACAAAUGCAUUUUUGUACAGCGACUGUUGCACAGAAUUGACAUUAGCAAGGCAGGAACUCUAGUUACAGCCCGACAGACAUUCCAGUGCCUGCUGCCGGUUGUGGGGUUACAGCUCUGGCAGCAGAGGGGUUAAUCUCCAUAUGUACAGUUUUCAAAAUCACUCUGCUUAUAGACUUCAGGCACCAUGACCACUGCAAUCACUGAAGAGGUCAUGGUGCUAGAAUUAACACCUCAAAAUGGACACUGAUAAAGUACUAAAGAUACUCUCCAGCAUUACCAUUUCUCCUAACUUGUUUAAUGAACAAUCUCUUGAUAUAGACUGCAUGCAGGGUCAGCUCAUAUAAACAAAGCACUGUGCUGGGUGUCAUUAAGUAAAUAGAUGCAAACUAGUGACCAUUGUGGGACUGGCCAGUCCUGGAUGCGGAGUGUGGUCCUGAGAAGCCUCUGGUCUAACUAAGACACCAUUUCAUUGUAACUUCCACGAAUACUGAGAGAAAUGGCACCUCCAAUUUUUUUGACAUUGCCACUUAAUACACUAUGUGGAGAAAAUUGGGGCAGCAGUGUUGGGAUCUUACUGUGGGUUCAGGGUUUUAAUGCAGUUGGGUGUAGGGUUAAUACAGGUGUAGAGUUUAAAUAUUGGUGCAUGUAGUACUCUGAAUUCAAUAAUUUAGUGUUGCAAUGUUUAACACAAAUGGUUUUUACAUAGAACAUGGUAUAGGGCAGGCAUUGGCAACUUUUGGCACUUCAGAUGUUUUGGACUACACCUCCUAUGAUGCUUUGCAAGCAUUAUGGGUGUAAGAGCAUUAUGAGGGAUGUAGUCCACAACAUCUGGAGUGCCGAAGGCUGCCUACCCUUGGUAUAGAGCUUGCUUUAGGAGAGUCUAAAGUGUAUAUGGGAGCAGCCAUUUAACUUGCCUUUUGGCUGAAGCCCCUGUCUUUAAAUACAUGUAUCACGGCUAGUUGGUAGUCUCAUAUUUGUCUUCUAAAACUCAAUGCAUUGAGAGGCUAAAGCACGCUUGUAAAUCUCUGUACCCCCCAGGAGUUGCUGUAUUAGAACGCCCAAGAUUCUUACCAUCUUCUGCAGCCAAUGUAUUCAGGGAGUUGUACAUGGUAACCAUCUACAAGCUGUGUAGUUUAGGUGUACAGCAAAUAUACUGAUGUGCAAUAAACAGCCAUUUUGGUUUGUAAAAUGCUGAGUGAAUCUUGCUUGUCAGUUUCCUAGGUCUGUCAGCCAUUGAGCUGUAACUAAAGAAUUGCUCUUGCACACAAACUUUAUUGAGAAUCAUUAAGCAGUGCUUACACUGUGUGAUUAAGCACUUUUGAGCUCAUUCCUUUAACAAUUUUGCCACUGUAAAUGCACAUUUGAAGCAGACUUGCUUAGCUCGAUUCUGUAUAUUUGAGAAUGGAACGUUACUGUGCAGCUUGUCUUGCAGUAUUCAGAGAAAGUUAUAGUGCCUUUAAAAAGAAACCUUCAUUUUUUUCCCAAUGCAUUUCAAUGACUGUGCAGUACUGACUCAUGCACUCUGAUUGGUUAGGGGGGGGGGCCGGGGCCGGGGCCUCUACAAAAUGCUUAUAAUGAAUGGGAUAAACAUACCCCUGAAAAAGUACUGUUUUAUCAAAACCAUAUAAAGAACUUCUAUAUGUGCAAACUACCUGAGGUCUAAAAUGCAUUGCUAACAUGUACUGUAACUGUGUAGCACUAAAAACUAAUAUGACCCCCUUGUCGACAAUUGGGUUUAAUCAAUGGAAAAACAUGAUAUUGGGGACAUAGUGCUAAAUAGGCUGCAUUCUCCCUGGGAACUCAGCAUUUCUGCCCCGAAUAGCACCUUGAUUAAUGUCCCAGUAUAAAAUAUCCAAUCUGCUGUGGUUAUAACCUGUUACACAAUACUGGAUACUUAGUCCUCCUGUAAUGUUGCCCAGGAGAAUGCAGCUUAUCUCUGUUACUGGUGAACAAUGCUGUACCAGUCCAGCUCUUGACUAUGCCACGAACAAACCGAUUAUGCUAGCACAAUGGGGAAGCUCUGCGUUUGUGGUGCUGAUUCAGGAUUGGCACUUUUCCAAAGCUGUGUGGGAGGAGUUGAUGAAAGGGAUGGAGGCAGGGUUGCUCACAGCAAAGUGCCUGCAUUUUGUGUGCACAGGAGACUGCUUAAAUCUUAACGAUUGCUGCCUUUAACAAUAUUUCUGGCUUAAACGGAAUCAUCUGUAUAACUUGUUUCUGUGGAUUGACACAGCCCUUCUGAUUUCAAGAUCUAGGUGUAGCCCCAAAUAGAUGGCAGCAGGUAUCUUUCGACCUGCUGCAGGUGGAAUGCACUCUGAGGGCAGCUAAAUCUCUGCUUUUAAUGUAUAUUCUUGUUUUUGAGCAGACUUCCCAGAUACAGAGGGAGCUGCUACAAGCAGGAUGCUGUUCCCCUCCUCACAUGACCCUCCUCCUCGCGGCCUUCCCGACACAAACGACUUGUGCCUUGGUCUGCAAUCUCUUAGCCUGACUGGCUGGGACAGACCCUGGAGCACUCAGGACACAGAGGCUGCCGGACAGUCCAGCUCUCACUCAGCUGCUCAAUCAGGUAAGGGUUCACUAUUCUCAAAGCUGUAAAAUGUCAAUGUGCUGUUAUGUAGUGGGAUAAACUGUGGACCAGUUUGCUGGGUUAAUUGUGUAAAGAGCAGAAUUUUAACUGAUACAAAAGAAUGCAGUGUUCCAAAUCUACAGUAAUUCAAUGAACCCAUAGAUGCCAUUUAAAAUGUAGUUCUACAGAAUAUAAAUACUUUCCUCAAGGUCUCUAAAUAAAUGUGCUGUGUUCUAACUGAAGCUUUGAAAUCUUAAAGCAUGUCAUGUUCCCUGACCUUAAGUGCGGCUACCACCCUUAUCGUGAUGAUGCAUAUGUUUGGCUGGAAAAUGGCUUGCAAAUCACAGCAAGAGCAGUAUAUAAACACAAUGGUAAUUGUGUUAGAGCAACUAAACUGCUGCCCACCCGUAGUUGCUCUUAACUCUUAUGUACUGAGGAUUUAUGCUAAUUCUUUAACCCCUUAAGGACCAAACUUCUGGAAUAAAAGGGAAUCAUGACAUGUCAUGUGUCCUUAAGGUGUUAAAGGACCACUAUAGUGCCAGGAAAACAUACUAGUUUUCCUGGCUGUAUAGGGUCCUUGGGUCCCCCUCACCCUCAGGGCCCCCUUCCUGCUGUGCUCUAGGGUGAGGAAGGGGUUAAUCCCUUACUUUUUUCCAGCACUGGGUUACCUCUGUGCUGGGGACUCUCAUCCUCCUUUCCCGUCAUCGGUUAAAUGUGCAUGCGCAGCACACGCAUUCAGCCUCUCUCAUAGAAAAGGAUUCUCAAUGCUUUCCUUUGGACGCUGGCAUCUUCUCACUGAAAAUCUGAGAAGCGCCACUAGAGGCUGGAUUAACCCUAAUGUAAACAUAGCUGUUUCUCUGAAACUGCUAUGUUUACAGCAGAAAGGUUUAAUCCUAGAUGGACCUGGCACCCAAACCACUUCAUUAAACUGAAGUGGUCUGGGUACCUAUAGUGGUCCUCUGAAAGUAUCAGAUAUAAUACACGGCAUUAAAUGAGUUCUCUAAAAGCAAACAGGUUAUCUUAAUGUAGUGAUUUUGGUUCAUAGAUGCUACCUCUUCUAACAAGAUAAAACGUGACAGUUUCUGAGAAAUGACAAUACUUGACAGGCUCAAGAGGCACAUCCUACUAAAAACCUUUGAUUUUCUAAGGUCUUGUCUUUGUGUUAUUGUGUUGUGCAUCAUGAUGCUGAAUGCGGCUAAUGCAUAUCCUAGAGAAGCAUUCGAUUCAGUGCUUCCCUGUUAGCAGUGAAUGGGAUUGUUGCACUUGUGCCAUGUCUGUUGUGCUUCUGAGAAACAUUGUUGGACCAGAGAUGGUGUUCUUACUAUGGGAAGAUCAGCCAACUGCAAGACUGUAUUCACAUUACAGGAAUUAAUGGCUCACUUCUGUAUUUCAUAGAUAUAUUUUUUUUUUACAAAAUACUGAUGCUGACUGUCAUCUCUUUGGAUUUCACUGACUUUUUCAGUGCAAAGUAUGGACUGCUUUGUUUUAUGGUAAAGCCAGUGACAAAAGGAGAGAGCGUCUACCAUAAAUGGCUGGCCAAUACAGCAAUCACUAGUGAGAGCUGUGGGACUGUGCUUAUUACACGAUAACCUCAGUGUUGUACUUUCAUGUAUGCACAAGAGUACAAUACUAGCUUCUGGCAAGUGAAGCAUCAGGAGCCAGACCUCCAGGCAGAUGGCGGCAGCCAUGGAUGACUGCUUCAGGUAAGUAAACCUGCCUUUCACUACACCUUGCAGCCAUUGGACUGUAUACCUAGUUUGCAAAGACCCUCAAAAGUGACAUCUCUGGUUAAACACCUGCUUAAGACUUGACAAUUUACAAAUCUUUAAUCUCCUGUAACUCCCAGUGACACUACCUGUCAUUCAGAGGAGCCAAUGGCACAUGAUUCCGCACAGUAGUCUUGGUUACAAAAGUCACUGGACUAAAAACAUGGAGAGCUUCUACAGAAUGUUUAUUGGCCUUAAUGAACAAAGGUCUAGUUCAGUCAUCAAAAAUCUAGACAUCAGAUAUUAAAGCUUAGUCAAAUGUCUUCGGUUUUUCCUGUUCACUGAAGAGUAGACAAAUUAAAGUUUACAACCCUUUGUUUGUUUUUUGUUUUGUUAACCUCUGUCAAUCCUAAUUUUAAUUAUUUCAACUGGUAAGAUGCAUUUACUGCAACUUGUGUGCAGAUUGAUUUUCAUGCUGUCUACAUGCAUUGCAUAUGAACAUAGAAUAAGGCUGUGUCUGCAGCUACCCUUUAUUCAUAUUCAGGCCUAAAUUUGACUGUUAUAAGGGACUUGCUUAACUGGCUCAUAAAAAUUGCAAAUACAAUAUUUUUAAACUUCAAGGGGGAUUUAAAAUGCCAGAAUGCAGCAAUGUGCUUUCUCUAACAGUCAGUGCCUAGAUGGACAGUCUAGCUAGAUAAAUACAACACAGGCUGGUAAUGUAACAGCAUAAACACUGGACUUUAAAUGUAUGUAUUUUUCUAAAUCUACUAACUUUUGCACAUGUGAAUAUUUGCUCUGAAUUAUCGUUGUUAUGGCUAUGAAACGGAUUCCCUGGAAACUGUCAAAUCUCAGUCCUAACACUUAAAGCAUUUAGUACGAGCACUCUUUUGUUUUAACCCAGCACUAACGUGCAAAGAAGUUUCAUUUUGUCGUCAAGCCUACAAUUUCUAAAGGUUUACUCCUCAAUUACCAUGCUGGUUGUUAAAAUUUUAAUCCAGUUCAGGUUAUCAAGCAUUAUAGGAUUUUUUAACUUCUUAAGGAGCUCUUUAUUAUAGAAUCUCCUGCAGUCCAUUAGUUUGCAUCAGCACGGGUCAUUUUGUGCUUUCAUAGUCCAUGGGCAGAUUGCAAUGACGGUGCAGAAUGUUUCUGGUUCUAAAGGGAUUUACUGGGCAGUCCUGGUUUUAAUCCCCGCAAGAUCAUUCCUGCAAUGAUGCAGCAUGAAGGCCCUAUGCAGAGCAGUGGGUGUACAGUGCCAAGUCUGUCCUAAAAUAGAUCCUGCAGGGGAAUAAGGGCUGUAAUUCAGGUCUUAUUGAUCAGUGUAAAGCGUAAUUUAGCUUUCCUGUCUCUACAACACUUUUUAGCUCAAACUACUGUACAAAAACACACGUUAAGGAGGUUUCCUUUCUGCCUACACAACGCCAUCUGUUCAGUUAAUUCUGAGCAAUAGUCUGCUUGUGCAAAUACUGGGUAGUUAUGGUUUUAAUCUUUGACAUUCUUUGUUCUGUCAAAUAUAAACUUAUAAAGUUGUGAAUAUUUGCAUCGAUUUCAAGAACUUUUCAUUGAGGUAUAUCCCUAAAAGCAAAAUGGAAUGUCUAUAUUGUGUGCAUUCUAGAUUCCUGUAAAUGUCAGUCAAAAAAAUUAUUUUUCUAAUAACCCCUACUUCACACUUUUAAAAGUAAGAAUGUCGAAGUGUCCAUUUAAAAGUAACGCAGUCCAGCCACUAACCAGGUCAUGACCAGAAACACAGAUGGGGUCAGACAUUUCUCUCUGACUACCUCUAAAGCUCAAGACCUGUUCCAUGAGCUCAUUCUGUGCUUAGAAAUGUAUGUCCCCUGAAUACAAUUGGUAUGGGAAAAGGUUUCUAGCUGCCUUGUGUUUGCAAAUGUAAUUAAAACUAAAACAAAACAAACUCCUACAUAAGGAAAAGUAAGGACUACCUUCCCUUGUGAAUAACCUACAGAUUAAUUAAAUGAUUAGUCAACCUCCAUGUCCUGUCAUUGGCUGUUCUGGUCAAUACCUGCGCCCUUUCCCAAAGUUACAAGACUGAAGCAAGGCAUCACAGAUCCCCCAGUGACUGUUGCACCAUCACUAGUCAACUGAGUGUGUGCACUGGACAUGUCCUAGGGAGGGCAUAAUUUCCAGAUGACAUUGUAGACACUGCACAUCAAAAUAGGGUAAGAUCUGCUCCCGGGGCCUAGAGGGUGCAAGGUAAGUAGCAGGUUUUAUAUAUGUAAGGCUUUAAGCAAAAUUGGAGGUCACUUCCUUUGUGGAGUAUCACUUUAAAGAAUCCUUGUUGGUGACAUCCAGCCCCAAUGCAUCAUUAAAUCUGUUUUUGUCUUCUAGUUUUCAGCAUGUUGAACAGCCCUCUGGGAAAGCAGCCACCUCUAGGAUUCAUGCCCUUAGAUCCUAUUGGUUCGGACCUCGUUGAGAAGUACUCUAACCCACUGCUUCGUGGUUCCCGCUUGGAUAGUCGUUCCAUUUUAGAUUCCCGCUCCAGCAGCCCAUCAGACUCUGACACUAGUGGGUUCAGUUCUGGCUCAGACCACCUUUCAGACCUAAUUGUAAGUUGGGUGAACAGUUUGCCUGCUGGCUUGAGUAGCCACAAGUGGUUUACUAGCACUAUAAAACAAGUUGUGCCUUGGCUUUUAGUCCUAGUGAACUGGUCUCUAAAUGAUAAAAAAAAUGUAAUUGUGUAAUGCCACAUUCAAUGCUUUGAGGUUUUUUUCCCUUGGGUUUUUAUGCCACCUUAUGGUAGUGACCUGUAACAUUAUGGUCAGCUGAAGUUACUUUAUGGAUUUAAAUAUAAAUCGUUCCCCUUAUAACAUUCUUGUAGAGGCUCCAAAGUAGCCUCCACCUGUGUGGACUUUAGAUAUUUGUGUAUGUGUUAAUGCAUAAUGGAUACUUGAAUGACAGAUACUUGAAUGCUAGUGCUCUUGCCAGAAAUAGCAUGAGACUGUAGCACCACUUAUAACUUUAGACAUAUAGCUAUACAGCCACCAGGGCUUAAUUCUGCUAGCCAUUGGAAAGUGAGUACCUAGCUGAGGGUGCUACAGACCUAAAGGCUUGGCUAGUACUGUAGGACUAUGAUUUUCACAGCAUUACUCCAAGCAUCAUAACCACUAGACCCCCUGCUGCAUUGGUUAUGCCAGAAGUACUCUCCCCACUUCCUGAUAAUAGGGCAAACUGUCUUGCAUGCUGGUUCCAGCGGUGUGCAGAGGGAUGCAGAUCCUGCUGGCCAUUCAUUGGCUGAUGGGGUCAACUGACAGCUUUCAGUCAGUCACAUUCUGUGCAUAUAAAUAUGUACAGAAUUGACAUUUGCCAGCCAAGAAUUUUUUUUACGCCUUUACACAUCUGACCAAGUCACUGGGUAUUGAUCUGAUACAAUAAUGCACAGAAUGUGAUUUAAUGCAUGCUGAGUAAAGCGGCAGUAUGCUAUGGCCUUAACAUGCAUCUUUCUCUCUGCAGUCCAGUCUUCGCAUCUCGCCCCCUCUGCCAUUUCUCCCCCUGGGAAGUGGAGUGUCGAGGGACCCUCUGAAGCUGGGGCUUGGGUCAAGGCUUGAGCAGGAACAUGCUGCCCUAGCUGCAGCUACUGCAUCCCCUAUGGGGAUGUCUAAGAGAUGGCCAGCAACUUCAGUCUGGCCCUCCUGGGAUCUUCUGGACUCCUCAGAUGACCCAUUCAGCAUUGAAAGGGAGGCACGACUUCACAGACAAGCAGCAGGUAAGGGCAGAAGGUUUAUCAGUUUAUUCAGUUCAAGGUCUCCAACAUGUUUUGUUAAUCCAAAAAAAUUUACAUUGGUAUGACUUGCAUGCAUAACUUUUCAGAAAUUAUGGUUAACCAUAAUUUCUUUUAUAUGGUCAUCUGAUUUAAUAGUGUAGAAGAAAUUGGCUCCUAUAGGUAAAAAAAAGGGGCAAAAUCAUAAGUUUGAAUAUAAACUCUCCCUUGGCUGAAAUAGGUGAAUUGCAAAGUUUAUACGAAGCAAUAUAAAAUGUGUAAAAUCAUAAACAUGUAUAUAAUGUAUAUCACCAAUCAGACUGGAUAAGUAGAAAAGUCUAGUUUAAAUCUUGAUUUGCCUUAUUUGUCUACCUAGUGUACAGCAUUACACUGUACUUCUCCUGUUUCAGCCUAUGAAUUCAGAAAGAUCCAGGCUAGCAGAGCCUUGGUUGUAUGUUUUGCAGUUAUACAUUCUUAUCCAUUACUUAACAUUAUUUGAGUUUAAUUUUUUUAUUUGGCACAGCUUCUCUUCCUCUUGAAUUGCAUCCUACUAAUACUGUAAAUAGCUUUAAGUACACAAUUUCAAUUAAGUAGCCCUCUUACUAAAGUAAUUGCUAGAGGAGAAGCAUGACUUUAUGAAAAACGCCUUUGUUUUUCAACGGUCUCUUCAGUGGUUUAAGAGCUUCAUGCUUUUUGUGUAAUUUAAAAAAUUGGAAACACUCCAUGAAUUAAGCAAUCCUAACAUUUUGGUAGUCUAAGUUCUGCAACUUUAAAACCAGUUUGUUUUGUAGGAUGUAUGGAAACGCACAAUGUAAAGUUUGGAACAAAAGCCUACAUAGACAGUUGUGUAGGACCAUUUCUGAGAUUCUGUAUUGCUUGCAGCAAAGAACACUGACCUUGUGUCACACUCACUUUAAUUGUCAGUCUCUUCCUACAUUUACAGCUGUGAAUGAGGCUACAUGCACAUGGAGUGGACAGCUUCCCCCUCGUAACUACAAGAACCCAGUCUACUCUUGCAAAGUUUUCCUUGGUGGUGUUCCCUGGGACAUAACAGAAAGUAAGUUCUCAGCCUUUAGUAUAUCUUGGCUCAACACUUACCUGGUCAAUGAUUUAUUUGGUGUGCUCUACACCAUUCAGAAUCCUGGCAUAUACAAAGAUUUUCUAUAAUCCACAGGCUAUUAAAGUAGCACUCUAGCACAACAUGCAAACAUGGAUUACUAGCAUUAGUGUUAAAACUUAGAUCUUGGAACCCUUUAUUUAGUUUAAAAGCUUUGUCGUCGUCCCGGAGCAUUGGUUAUGCCAUAGCUACCAUUCCUCCUUUGGUUGAGAUAAAUACUGAUAUCUGCUAAUCCAGUGCAUCCCCACUGGGAAGCAUUGGGUGACUAGUGGGCAUGAGCAGCAAUAGCUGCACUGCACCAAUCUGCAUCUCCUCAUAGUCUGGCAUCACCAUGCAGAGCAGACUGCAAAGUUGUCCCAGCAAAGAUUGCAGGACUGUAAACCAGGAAGCCCCUCUGAGGUGGCAUUGGUCAGCAAUGUAUACUCUGCCUUUUCUCAGAAAAGGCAGUUUACACUGCUUAGCUUUCUGGUUGGUACAGGUGAUAUGCCCCAGAAGCCCUAGUUUAGCUCUUGUAGCACAACCUUAUUGGUGUACACGUAUAAACAAUGUAUGAAAAUGAAUUCACCUUAAAUGGAAUGGCAUCGUUGUAAUGGGAUCCUUAACAAUUGUUUUGACCUUCCAAGAAGUUAAAAUUGCUAUUUGAAUGUAGCUUCAAUGCUGUGCAGUGUCACAUGAGUGAACCUGCCUGCUUUAUGGGCGGCACUUCUGAUGUGUAUUGUUACACUGCAUUUUCACACCCAGUCUUUGUAGAUUUUAACUUUUAAUGAGCUGUUGGUAUUGUUUUAGAUGUUUGGACAAGCGGCAUUUAAGUCUUUCAGGAUCACAAUGGAAGAUGGUGUUCUGACACCUAAUUUUUCUGAAUAGAAUUCCUUGAUAAAAGUCUAGUCAUUACACCAGACUCCUGGGAGUGUUGUAAUUAUCUUUCAACUCAUUGAGUUACAUUCUUUAAAUCUUGCUUUUGCCAAGAGAGUACUUGCUGAACUGUUCAGUUGGCUAUUUGGUUUAAACACCAAAUGCAACUGUUUGUGUUCCUGACCCUAUAGUGUUAAAACCACCAUCUAACUCUCAUUGCCCCUUCUUGCCUCCCUAAAUAUAGUAAAAUCUUACUUGCAUUAAAGCAGCCAUCUGAGUGGCCAGUGGAGGUAUUCGUAGGCCAGGCAUACACAACCUUCAGCACUCCAGAUGUUUUGAACUAAAUCUCCAAUGCUUUGUCAGCAUUAUGGGGGAUGUAGUCCACAUCUGGAGUGCCGAAGGUUGCCUAUCCUUGCCCUAAGCUGUAAAAAGCUUAAAGGAAAUGUUUACUCACCAGAACCAAUAGAAAAGGUUGUAGUUCUGGUGACUGUAGUGUGCCUUUAAUUUUACUAAUGUUCAUAAAGAUCUUUUAAAAAUGAAUACGUAAUGCACUUGAACAAGGCAAUUAAAGUUGAGAAACUUUGGCAACAUUAAGUGCCUGAGAAUCCUACCUUUUUCUACUUGUUUUGCUGCUAAACAGAUCCGCCUAUUGCCAGUCACUGCCUUCCUUCCUGGAAAUAGCCAAAGUUGCGUCUACAUACACCAAGCCACUUAAAAUUUAAUUGGCUCUUGGUAUCUCUUUAACAGACCGGGAGAGAAGAAUAACUACAGUAAAUGUAUACUGUGCACUGACUGAACAAAGAUGAAGGCUUUUUUUAUAUUCUGGGAAUUUUGUAGGCGUGCUGUAUGAGUCACAAUCUGUGGCUAGAGCUGAAGAAUGGUCAUUUUAAGUCCUAAACUGAAUGGAGCAGUUGGUGCAGAGGCAUGGUUAAUACACCAAAACUGCUGCGUUAAGCUGAAGUGGUUUUGGUGCUUAAACUAAACCCCAUAAUGCUUUCUGAUUCAUUUCAGCUGCAAUUAACAUGUGAUAGGGGCAUACAAAUAGGUUGUACUAUUGGAGUAAUACCCCCCUGGAUUUUCAGAUUUCAAUGGCUUGUAACCAGUCUGAGACUAACUUUUUAGACUUGCGUAUGAGUCGGGCUACCCGGUCUGGAUGUUUAACCUGUAAUGCCAACAAUUUAUGCCCAGAGGACAGGCACAGUUGACCCAUUUAAAUCUGAUGUGCAGCUGUUGGUUUUAAGAUAAAACACAUUGUAUACAGGAGUGUUUUUUUCCAGCUUUUUUGUUUUGUCUGUACUUCAGUUUUGUGGUGAAGGUUAAGAGUGGUUGUGAAUGGCUUAUUGUAAACAGUCCACUGUGUAUUCACUAAUGAGUGACCAACAUAGGAGUUAGGCAGGUCCUAGCAGUUGGACUUUUUCUUGUUUAAAGAAAACAAACUUACUUCAAGUGUAAAUGUUUUAUUAGCCAUUAGUUCAUAGGUGACUGCUUGUAACAUGAAUGCAUUUUGCAUGGUCUCUUCAAUACCUUUUGAAAUGAAGCUUGAUGUUCUUAAACUUCACAAUAAGCCCAUCUUCAAAGCCGCAUUAACUAAUUUCACAAUGCUUAAAAUUGUUACUGACUUUGUUAAACUGCAUCGACUAGUGAUUUAAGUUUACCCUCCCACAGGCCUGUAACUUAAUGCAGCACUUGAUUUGUGUCUCAUGCAUAAUUAUAUAAAUGAAGGAGUAAAAAAAACUAGAUAGGCUUAAGUGCACAGGGAUAAGUAUUAAAGUACUCAAUAUUUUAGAAUUCGGUUUGCAACAAACUCUACACGCAUGGAUACAUAUUUUAAAAUAUUAAACUUUACUGUCUCAUUUGGUUAUACUUGUAAAAGAAAUGAUGCAGCUAUAAGCCAGCUCCCUGACUGAGACACUGCAAUGGAAGUGUCAUUGUCUAAUGACGCAGCACAAGUGAGAUGGAUGUCUUGGUCCGUAGAGCCGUGUGCAGUUGGGAGUUUUUGCCAAUCUCUGCAGUCAAUUUGCCAACUGAUUUAGGUUGCAAUGUGAGCUGAUGGCACCCUGUGGGAUGGCUAUAUUGACAAAAUUCACAGAAGUGUGAAUUAACAUUGCCAAUUUGUGAGAUGGGGCUGGUCUGUGUGCCUGUUCAUCUGACUGACUUUUUUAAACCGUGUAUGAGCACCAUAAUCACUACAGCUUGCAGUGGUUAGUCCCCAGCACCAGAGUGCCCCUUUAACCAUGUGUUUUUGCCUGAAGACCACAUGCCUCUGCAAAACUGCAUUUACUACACCCACAGAUAUAUAUUAACCUCUGGCAUGGUGAAAGUGUGAAACAGCCAACCUUUCUGUUAAAGGGGCAAUCAUGGCACCUUAACCACUGUAAGUGGUAGUAAUUGGUGAUAUUUUUUUGGAGCCAUUUGAUAAACAGGGCUUUAACCCCUUAAGACCGGAGGGCGUACUAUUACGCCCUAUUUUAGGCGGCUCUAAACGCCGCCGUGCGUAAUAGUACGCCCUCCAGUUUUUGUUUACUUACCCGGUCGCCGGCAAUCGCGGUUUGGGGGACUCCCAGGGAGCCCCCCGGCCAUGUGAUUGUGAGGUCCUUGCGAGGACCUCACAAUCACAUGGCCGGCAUAGCUGGCUGCUGUAUUGCCAGCAGGGGGCUGCCUGUAAUGACAGUUAGUCCCCCCUGCUGGCUGGAAAUAAAAUCAAAUAAACUUAAGUGUAAAAAAAUAUAUGGAUAUAUACACACCCUAGGUGUAUUUUACUAUUAAUAUAUAUACUAUAUCUCAAAUUACAUGUAGACUGAUACUGAUUAAAUAUAAUAUAUAGAUGUAUGUUAUUGUUCUAACUGUAUUGUGAUAUUAAUAUAUUUAUAUCAAAAUACAUGUAGAAUGAAAUAUAUAUCUAUAUACAUAAAUAUAUUCGUAUAUAUCACUAUAUGUACCUAUAUAUAAAUAAAAAUAUUUUUACAAAAUUAUAUAUUCGAAAUAUAGUUAUGUAAUUUUACAUAAUUGAGUAUCUUAAUUACAAUUAGCGGGACCUGCCUGGCAACACAUGCCAAAAGUAAAGGGAAUUUAAUUUGCUAGCACUAUAGUUAACCCUAUAACUUUCCAAGACACCAUAAAACCUGUACAUGGGGAGUACUGUUCUACUCGGGAAACUUCGCUGAACACAAAUAUUAGUGUUUCAAAACAGUAAAAUGUAUUACAACGAUGAUAUCGUCAGUAAAAGUGACAUUUUUGCAUUUUUCGUGCACAAACAGCAUUUACACGGACAUAUUAUUGCUGCGAUACUUUUUACUGUUUUGAAACAUAAAUAUUUGUUCAGCGAAGUCUCCCGAGUACAACAGUUCCCCUCAUGUACAGGUUUUAUGGUGUUUUCAAAAGUUACAGCAUCAAAUAAGGCUUGUUUCAUUUUUUUCACAUUAAAAUUCGCCAUAUUGGUUAGGUUGCCUUUGAGACCCUAUGGUAGCCCAAGAAUGAAAAUUAUACCUAUGAUGGCAUACCACUUGCAAAAGAAGACAACCCAAGGUAUUGCAAACGGGGUAUGUCCAGCCUUUUUUAGUAGCCACUUAGUCACAAACACUGGCCAAAAUUGGCGUUUUUUUGUAUUUUUCACACAAACAAAUACUAACGCUAACUUUGGCCAGUGUGACCAAAUGGCUACUAAAAAAUGACUGGACAUACCCCAUUGGGUUGUCUACUAUUGCAAAUGGUAUGCCAUUAUGGGUGUAAAUUUCAUUCCAGGGCUACUAUAGUCUCAAAGGCAACAUAACCAAUAUGGUGAAUUUCAAUUUCAAAUGUAACAUGCUAUAUUUGACCCUGUAACUUCCCAAAAUUCCAUAAAACCUGUACAUAGGGGGUACUGUUUUACGCGUGAGACUUUAGUGAAUACAAAUAUGUGUAUUUUAUUGCAGUAAAAGCAAACCGUAUUAUGACAUUGACAGUUAAAAUGUCAUGAACUAAAAACGAGAUUCUUUUCUCCUAUUUUUUUCAUAUUAAAUUAUGUUUCACAGCUAAAUAUUUGAUAGUAAAUGAAAGCCCUGUGAAUAAAAUGAUAUAUAAUUAGUGUGGGUGCAUUUACUAUGAAAGAGGUGAAUUAUGGUUGGACAGACAUGUAGCGCAAAUGCCAGAUUUUGUUUUGUUCACAAUGUGUACAUUUGGCUCCGUCCUUAAGGGGUUAAACCGCAUCUGUAGACCACUCCUGUUAUUUAAAAAAAAAAAAACUGCCAUUCCAUCCAACUUGGGCAGCAUUAUGGUGAGUGGUACAUUAACCUGCCCUAUUGCCCAUAGAUUGUAGCACAAUUCCCAUUAUGUAAAACUUACAUUUGUCAGAAUUCCUGUAAUUGUCAACAAUGUAAUUUCUGUUCUAUUGUCUCAAGUCCAUUCUAGACAACUGCAUCUGUUGGUUGUGCUCCCAGUGUACUCUAUUUAGGGCUAUAAAGGUAGGAAUUACUACUUAGGCCUUGGUGUCUGCAUGUCAGGUGGAUCAGCGUCCUGGGAAAGUAAACCUAGGUAGGCUGCAGUCCUAUCUACUUUGAGAGGGACUCUGCCAUAAUUGGAUCCAAAGUGUAGCAGGAAAUCACUUGGCAUCUGAACACACGCCAGUCUUGGCAUAGUCACUAAUGUUUUAAGCAUGGAGCUGUAAGCCCGGUGUGAUUUGUUUUGGGAUUGUUUGCAAAAAGUUUAAUGUUUGCAUUUAUUGUGCUAUAUCGGUUUAUGAAAACUCUAAAUAAGAGAUUCUAUAAUGCUUAUAGCCCUUACGUGUGCCAAAUUAGUACACUGAAUGAUACAGCUAAAGUGUUAACACUUACAUUUGUUUUUGCAGCUGGCCUAAUUAAUACUUUCCGUGUAUUUGGGGCUCUGAGUGUGGAGUGGCCUGGUAAGGAUGGCAAGCACCCCCGCUGCCCUCCCAAAGGUAAUAUGCCUAAAGGUAAUGUAAAGAUGGUAGGAAUUAUAUUUAUUUGAACACUUCCUGGUGUUUGCACUGGUGACCGCUCAACUGCAAGCCGAAAGACUUGUCUCUCCUGGUGACACGGUGACGGUUCUAUGGGCAUACUGCUAUCUGUUAUAAAAGGACAGAGUUCCUUCUUUAGAAAGUGUUCAAUGGAACAUUAGGAGUAGUUUGGCUUGAGUUUGCAAUUCAUUACAAUUUAGUCACAGUAUAGCUAUAUUUUGCCUAUUUUCUCCAGUUUGACUUUAAAUAAAAAUUUGGGGUUUAGUAAAUCUUGUGCACCCAAAAUAAUUAAAUUGAAGUCUGAGAAUGCAACCGCAGUUGGUUUUUUUUUGGUGGGGGGGUUAUAAUUAAAAAUUUGACGUAGGAUUUGUCAUCUUAUAUGGUACAACUUCUGUUUAACUUCUCUAGUUAUUUGUGUCAGUAUUGAUAUGGAAAACGUUAACUAGGUGGUAGUGCAAUGUCAUCUUCAACAGAAAAUAAACCUAUGCUCUUCUCUCACCAGGCUACGUUUAUCUUGUUUUUGAAUCUGAAAAAUCUGUUCGUGCUUUACUACAAGCCUGCACUCAGGACCUCUUGAGCCAGGAUGGACUAAGCGAACACUACUUUAAAAUGUCUAGCCGUAGGAUGCGCUGCAAGGAGGUAACUGGAACAAGUUUGUAACACACAAUACACAGGAUUCUAGGCCAGACAAUAUCUUUAGUGUCCGACAUACAGGUUGUGGGUCCUAAGGACAUGUAUCUGACUCUGGGAACAGCAUCCCACUACUGGGCCUGAUUAGAGGCCUUUCUUCUGUAGUAUUGGCACCACAGAUUGUCAAACGGAGGUUAUUUACUAUAGUGAGAAUUUGAAGAGAUUUGCAAAUUUAAGACAAAUUGCCAAGCUUCUUAAAUGUGCUUCAAGUUCAACUACUUUACCCUUAAAUUUGCUAUUCAUUUUGAAUUUUUACUUGUGUGAAAAAAAUCUGAGAAUCGUCCUCUUCAAGUAUUGGGAGACGAGAACAUGUGAAUGGAAUAUUGGUCUGUUUAGUUAAAGGGACAAUAGUCACAAACAACUUAAAGGACCACUAUAGGCGCACAGACCAAUUCAGCUUAAUGAAGUGGUCUGGGUGCCAGGUCCAGCUAGGGUUAACACUUUUUUCUAUAAACAUAGCAGUUUCAGAGAAACUGUUUAUAGUAGGGUUAAUCCAGCCUCUAGUGGCUGUCUCAUUGACAGCCGCUAGAGGCGCUUGCGUGCUUCUCACUGAUUUUCAGUGAAGACACAGCGUCCAUAGGAAAGCAUUGUGAAUGCUUUCCUAUGAGACUGGCUGCGCGCGCGGCUCUUGCUGCGCAUGUGCAUUCAGCCAAGAUGGAGGAGCUCCCCGCCCGGCGCUGGAGAAAGAGGUAAGUUUAAUCCCUUCCUCACCCUAGAGCCCGGCAGGAGGGGGACCCUGAGGGUGGGGGCACCCUUAGGGCACUAUAGUGGUACUUUAAGCUUACUGAAGCAGUUUGGGUGAAUAGGUUCUCUGCAGUCUCGCUGAUCAAUUUUUGCCAUUAAGGAGUUAAUUCACUUUGUUUAUGCAGCCCUAGUCACGCCUCCCUGCAUUUGACUUGCACAACAGUCCUAAACACUUCCUUUAAAGGAACCAAUAUGUUCUAGGUUCCUUCAUUGCACGUUCUGUUUAGUUUAAAAAUUAUCUCCUGUUAAUUCUUCCAGACCCUGCUUGUACCUCCUGUUUGUGAUUAAAGUUUAAUUUACAUAGGAAGAGUCUGCCUGGGCAUGAUCUAUAUAGAAAAUGUGCUUCAUUAAGCUAAAGUUGACGUCUGUAUUAUCACUAUCAUUGCACAGUGUCUCAAAAGAUUCAAGAAUUCGUGCUCCUGUAUUCCCGCACUGUUUUAAUUAUAUCCGGGCUGAUCAGUGUCAAAAACAAAGUAUCAAACUUAAUUUUCCAUAGUGCAAACAGCAGUCUUGCGUUCCCUCCAAUCUGGCUAUGGAUCAAAAGUAUGCUUUAGUUAGCCUUCCCUUAUCUCAGGCUAGUAUUGCCCUUUAUAAGGGGAGGGGUCUGGCCAACAGUUUCUGCAGUGUUUUUAGUGGGUUCCAAAAACAAUUUGGUUUAUACAAACAAAAGAAUGAGGGUCCUGCUCAAAAUGACUGUCAAUCUAAAGGUUCAGUUGCAGUUACAUGGCAGGUGAAGAUAAAGCAACUGUUUAUGACUGGCGCUUGUACUAUGGAACCUGAAACCUAUGGUGUGGUCUACCAUGUCCUGUAAAUGAAUCUGAGCCAUGUAAAGCUUAAUCAAAGCUUCUGUAUUUCCUUUCACCAUUAGGUGCAAGUCAUUCCUUGGGUUCUGGCAGACAGCAACUUUGUGCGCAGCCCAUCACAAAGACUGGACCCCAGUAAAACUGUGUUUGUGGGGGCUUUGCAUGGCAUGCUAAAUGCUGAAGCUCUUGCUUCCAUCAUGAACGACCUGUUUGGUGGCGUGGUCUAUGCUGGUAUCGAUACGGACAAGCACAAGUAUCCAAUUGGUGAGCUUAGUUUUGUUACUCCUGCAUUCCGUUCUGUUGGCUCAGUUAUCUAAUCUUUAUUCCAUUCACAGGAUCUGGACGUGUGACUUUCAACAACCAGCGUAGCUAUCUGAAGGCUGUGAGUGCAGCAUUUGUUGAAAUAAAAACUGCCAAGUUUACAAAGAAGGUGAGUGUGUUGCCGAAGUGUACAUGGUCACCACACGUUCCUUUAACACAGAUCUGCUUAGAAUAGUGUCCCUUAAUUUCAGCGCUGCUUGUCCUGUUGCCAAAUUGCCCCACACAGUAGCCGUGAUUCUUUGCCUCUGUAAACCAGUUAAUGUGUUGUAUACUUCUGGAAAUAUGUAAAGACCUUCUGUAGUCCUAGUGACCAAUUUACAAAUGCUUAGUAUGUAAAAGACUACAUGUAAGAGCAAAUGCAUGUUGCUUGGUCAGGGGCUGCACAAAUCUCAAAUCCUGUAGUUUGAAGGGUAUUUGAUCUGAUAUUCCCGUUUCUUUUUAGUGUGGUGAGCUACUUGACCUCCUUAAACCAGUUUUUCUGGCACUGUAGGGUUAUUCAGUCUUCCGUCUCCCCUGCAGGGGUUGAAGGGGCUUCCCACUUACCUGUGGUAGACCUAAUGCGCAUGCGCAACAAUGGCCGCAUGCAUGCAUUAGACCUCCUCAUAAAGCAUUAUUCAGUGCUUUCCUAUGAGGAAAAUUUGAUGCUGGAGGGCCGUGAAGAGGACAUCCAGCGUCAGAUAACUAACCAAAGGUUGGUUUGGAUUCUGGAAGUCAUCUAGUGGCUGUCAGACAGCUACAGAGGGCAGAGUUAAAGGUCAGCUAAAUUACUUUAGCUAAAUAAAGCAGUUUUUGUGUGUAGAUCAUUCCCCUGCAAUUUCACUGCUCAAUUGUUAUUUAGGAAUUAAAUUACUUUGUUUCUGUUUAUGCAGCCCUAGCCAUACCUCCCCUGGCUAUGAUUGAAAGUGAAACCAGUUUUUUUUCAUGCAGGCUCUGUCAAACAGAUGUAAUUUAACUUAAAUAAUAGUAUCUCAAUCUCUAAAUUGAACUUUAAUCACAUACAGGAGGCUCUUGCAAUGUCUAGCAAGCUAUUAACCUAGCAGGGGAGAAGAAAAUCUUAAUUAAACAGAACUUGCAAUAGAGAAAGCCUAAAUAGGGCUCUCUUUACAGGAAGUGUUUAUGGAAGGCUGUGCAAGUCACAUGCAGGGAGGUGUGACUAGGGUUCAUAAACAAAGGGAUUUAACUCCUAAAUGGCAGAGGAUUGAGCAGUGAGGCUGCAGGGGCAUGUUCUAUACACGAAAACUGCUUCAUUAAGCUAAAGUUGUUCAGGUGACUAUAGGGUCCCUUUAAAGCUGCAGUGUAAACAUUGCAGUUCUCAGGAACUGCAAAGUGUUGCAUUGCAGCACUAAGUGCAAAAGGGUCACAGCACCCAGACAACUUCAAUGAGCUGAAGUGGUCUGGGUGCCUACAGUGUCCCCUUAAGUAUGAAUAGAAUCAGGAAGAAUGGAAAACAAAGGGUUUGCAUAUUUCCUUAGAAUUUACACAAAGUGCAACUAAAGAAAAAUAACUUGUGUUCACAUAAGUCUAUCACAGUCUAAAUCGAUUUCUAGGAUAUAAAUUAACUUUCGGUAGUCGGGGUUACCCCACACCAAACCUAGCACUACGCUGACACUAACUAUAACAAUCUAUGUACCCUAACAACCCUAAAACUGCAUGAACCAUUAACCCAGAUGAGGAAUAUAACUGGUUUUUGCCAUCUAGUGGCUGUGUGGAGCGUGACUGGAAGAUCACAUGCUGCAUCUGCCUCUUAUACUGGUGCCAUGGCGUUAAAAUCCAAUCUGUAGACUGCACGGAAUGUCCCAACGUCAUGCAGUUAAUAUACUAUAGUGCACUCAUGUAGUGAUUCCUGGCUAACCUAGAAACUAUACCUGCUGUACACUUUUUUUUUUUUCUUCUGACAUAUGGUGGCAGUGCGUAUGGGCUGUGCUUCCUAAUUGGGACAAGCAUCUGCAAGAUGGGUGAUUAAGAAAAGUCCCUCCCCUUUACCAUAGAAAGGGCAAACCCACCUCAGAUCUUCCUUGUCCCAGCACGGGACGGAUCAAGAAGGUGAGGCACACAGGUUGCUGUCUGGGGGAAGAAGUCAGAUAGCUGCCCAGGUAGUAGGCUGAGCGGCAUGGCUCCGUCCGUGGAGGUUCCGGAGCCCUUUCUGUUUAACUUUGCAUUGAGUAUGUUCUGGCUUGGUGACUAUGGGCAAGCCAUGCGCCUGCACACAGCAGUGGAACGUACGCCUGGGUGGUCCACCUAAUUUCCAGGUGCACUAUUGCACAUGCGUGAUCUGGAACUUCCGGGAAACCGCCAAGUGCAAAUCUCUUUGCUGUUCCCUCUGGCAGCAGGAAGCUUGUCAGAAGGGUUCCCCAUGUCACCAACCCCCCACGGCUCAGGUUUUAAAGGUAAAACUUGCCGAUCUUUACUUUGAAAAUCUGUUCUAAUUAGAAUUGCAAGUUAUGGGUGGAAUUGUUUCGCAGAAAGUGGACUUUGUGUAGAAUGGCAUAGUAAGUGUGGCAUGUUUUCCUCAGUUUGUACAAGCAGAAUGCCUCUGCUAUACAAGGCUUUUGCUUAUUGUAUUUGUACUACUCCCAUUAAUAUGGGUUUAUAAAUAUGACCAGGGUGCUGCAAUUUCUUGGGUAAAAUUAAAGGCCCACUGUAGGCACCCAGACCACUUCAGCUUAAUGAAGUGGUCUGGGUGCCAGGUCAAGCUAGGGUUAACCCAUUUUUUCAUAAACAUAGCAGUUUCAGAGAAACUGCUAUGUUUAUGAAUGGGUUAAGCCUUCCCCUAUUUCCUCUAGUGGCUGUCUCAUUGACAGCCACUAGAGGCGCUUGCGUGCUUCUCACUGUGAAAAUCAGUGAGAGCACGCCAGCGUCCAUAGGAAAGCAUUAUGAAUGCUUUCCUAUGUGACGGCUGAAUGCGCGCGCAGCUCUUUUGCCGCACGUGCGCAUUCAGCCGACAGGGAGGAGAAGAGGAUCGGAGGAGGAGAGCUCUCAGCCCAGCGCUGGAAAAAGGUAAGUUUUACCCCCUUUCCCCCUUCCAGAGCUGGGCGUGAGGGGGUCCCUGAGGGUGGGGGCACCCUCAGGGCACUACAGUGCCAGGAAAAGGAGUGUGAUUUCCUGGCACUAGUGGUCCUUUAAGCAGAGCAAAUGCAAUCAUUCCUAUCUUUGAAUUCUUAUAGAGAAGUAAAGUGCAUCAGCUGCUUUGCCGGAGAUGUUCCGCAGAGACCAAAGAGGUGUCCUUCGAUUACUUCUAAUGUCUAGUGAAUGUUUAUCUACUUCUGACAUAUCUGGUUCAUCAUACUGCGUGGAGUUGGUUGAUGUACUGAGAAGGUUCAUUAGGAAUGAAUCGGUCAUGGGGCAGGAUAAAUCUGCUAAACUUUAAUGAGUGUUCUGUUCCUCAAACCCCAUGUCUUUCUCAUAUGCAGAAAUGGGAACAUUGUGUAACGAACCUUUCUUGCCUGACGUUUAAUGUUUACCAUCAAAUAGGUAAAUGUUAUACCACCAGGUACACUGGGAAUCCAUAAAAAUCUGCAGAAGUAGCUGCUUUAAAAACCCUGUCGUAAAGAAGGCUGAGACUUCUUGCAGGCAAUCUUUCCAGACUGCCUAGUUUCGGUAUGGGUCUUUGCUGGCAGGUGCAGCUGUGUCCAAAACCGUAUAACUUUGUUUACAAUCGUUAAUGGAGGUUAUUGAAGUCUCCUGAUAAGCAGCUUGUUUUUUUUUUUCUCUUUUAUUGUGAUUGUCACAUACUUUAUAUGAAUUUGGCUAAUAAAAUUCGACCAUGACGGCCAAAAUCAUGGGUUGAUCGGUUUUCCUUGUCCUCGUGGCUUAAGCUUGGAUGGCAGUUUAGCGUCCUUUUCAGUCCCCUGUUUACUCCCAUUAGGAAAGGGGGUAUCUUAUAAGUCGAAAAAGGAAAAAAGCUCUGCCUCAAGACAAGUAGAACUAGGUCCGACAUGGUUAGGUGUUUCAGACACCAAGAAGCUUGGAGGCGUAAUCCUGCAUUUCUAUAUGACGUGUGUAUAGCUCCUUGGGUUUAGACCUUGUUCAACCCUUGGAAUUUGCAGGUUAAUUUCCCCUGCACUGUUAAAGGACCACUAUAAGUCACCUAGACCACUUCAGCUUAAUGAGGUGGUCUGGGUGCCUGGUCCAGCUAGGUUUAACACUUUUUUUUCUAUAAAAAUAGCAGUUUCAGAGAAACUGUUUAUAAAUGGGUUAAUCCAGCCUCUAGUGGCUCUCAUUGACAGCCACUAGAGGGCUUCCGCACUUCUCACUGUGAUUUUCAGUUAGAAGACGCCAGCGUCCAUAGGAAAGCAUUGAGAAUGCUUUCCUAUGGACUGGCUGAAUGCGCGCAGCUCCUGCCGCGCAUGCGAAUUCAGCCGAAGAGGGGAGGAGAGCUCCCCGCCUGGUGCUGGAGAAAGAGGUAAAUUUAACCCCUUCCUGGCACUAUAGUGGUCCUUUAACUCAGCACUUCAUCACUUCGAGGUAGAUGACUGGAGAACAUUCAAUGGAGUCACUUAACAUUCCCAGGUUGCAUUUGGGAACCAGUAUGUCUCUUGCCUGGCUUAAGUAGAACCUACUUGCAAUCACUGAUUUCUUGAUCUAGCUAGAGGGCACCGCUUGCUCUUUUCAAAUCUGCCCAAUCGAUAAUCAUCCGAACAUCUGAUUCUCUAUUUGCAGAAACAGUGUUCCUGUUGGAUUCAAGGAGUUUGAGAUCUGGUUCUGUGAACCACGAAUUUUGUCGGGUUUCUCCGGAAUCUCCUGGUUAUCAAUUCCGGAUCAUUCCUUUUUAACCAGUUAUGAAUUUAAAUUGGUUCCUCUCCUGAGGUUCAGAAUUCCCUCAUGUCCCUAUUACAGCCCCUCAAGAAGUUUUCUUAAAAUACUCCAUAAGUGGAAAGAUUUCAUUGCUCUUCAAAACACUCCCAGAACAGCAUUAUUUAAGGAACGAGGGAACAAGGGAGUCUGGCUGCUUAUUGCUAAUCUGGAUGGUUGCCCUUUAUGUUCAGGUAGCUAGCAGAGCGCUACAACACUGUUGGAUACGGAGACUAUAAUGUAUUUUCUUCUUCUCCAGGAAAUUUUUUUUUUUUCUUUUUUUUUUUGAGGUUCAUGUUAACUUUAAAACAUUACCUCUGCAUCUACUGCACUCAUAAAGGAAAGGUCCAAUUACUAGUAAAGUGAAAAUUCCUCUAUAACAGGAAAUGAGAUUGCUGGGAUGUCUGACAUCUUUAAUUCCUGCAGUCAACUGGGCAAAAUCUGGAUCUGGCAGCUACAGUGGAAAAUUAUCUCCUCUGGGUCAGUGUUAAAAUCUUUGAUUUCUUUUUCACUUGACUCGCUUCGAAAAAAGCAGAUCAGCUAAACUGGUGGACAACGUCAAGUUUCUUCCAACAAGUCUGUCCUUUCUGCCUAUAGGAGUAAUUUUAAGCACAGAAUGAAUCUAACACAGGCUGGGUCACUCUUCUAAAUUCUGUAAUGUGCCAGCGUUCUUGGUCCUAAGAGAAAUAGUCCACUAAUUUCAGAGCUCUUAAUGCAGUUCUUCACUCCCCUCACAGAUUCAGAUCUUUGUUGAUUGAGGGACUUAUUACAACGCGGUCAUACAAUGACACUGUUUCCCCUCACGUGAACAGACAGGGUGGUGCCAGAGGCAAGGUCUGUUUCAGCUAUGUACCAAAACGGUGUAUUGGGCUCAGGAUCUGAGAGGUUCUCUCUCCAUUCCACUCUUGAUGUGUAGACAAUGUAAUCACCUACAACCUCAGAAAUUGGGAUCGAGGAAUGGUCUAUAGAUCAUGUUCAUGGUCUACAGAAAGAUUUGGAGUGCAUGGAUAGAACCUAUGGCAGAGGGAGAACAUGAAGAUUCUCAGGUUUGCCUCUCUGUACAGGACAGAUGUUUAACAUUGAAUAGUUGGUCUAUCUAAGGGUAUUUUUCCAGGCUUCUAUAAUUAUGCCACAUCCCUGCUGGAAGUAGAUGGCAUAGUCAAAGGGUGUUUCAGGUGUACCUAUCAAUAUCAGGUGAAAUUCAGAAGAUAGCCUGUCAACGUCUAGGGAAGUCAUAAGGGGAAUGAAGCCUCUCGUAAUUCUAUUUCUCGUUAUUUCAUCAGUCAUAAUGGCCUAUGCUUCAGUAGUUUUGAUUCACCAGUGUCUUUCACAGCGCAUUCCACAAAGGCUAUGGCCACUUCAUGGGCAGAGAAAAGCUCUUCACCCGAAGAAAUCAGCAUGGCUCAUUCUUGGUGAGCUUUUAGCACAUUGUUUAUUUAGCACAUUAUUGUGUAUUCCUGCUACAACUGAGGUGGGUUUGGCAGAGAAAGCCCUUUAUAGGGUAAUGGGGAGGGACUUUUCUUAAUCACCUAUCUUGCAGAUGCUUGUGCCAAUUAGGAAGCACAACCCAUACGUACUGUCAGAAAAAGGUUUGCAGUGAGUAAAAAUUUGGUUUUCCACUUAUGACACUUUAAAGGACCACUAUAGUGCCAGGAAAACAUACUGGUUUUCCUGGCACUAUAGGGUCUCAAAGUCCCCCCCACCCUUAGGGUCCCUCUCCCGCCAGGCUCUAGGGUGAGGAAGGGGUUACGCAUACCAUUUCUUCACCUUCGGGCUCCCUCGGUGGUGGGGACUCUCCGCCUCCUUUCCAGUCAUCGGCUGAAUGCGCAUGCGCAGCAAGAGCUGCACGCAUUCAGCUUGUCCAUAGGAAACCAUUGUUCUAUCACCGUGAGAAGAGCAGAAGCGGCUGUCAAUGAGACAGACACUAGAGGCUGGAUUAACCCAUAUGUAAACACAGCAGUUUCCCUGAAACUGUUUACAGCAGGCAGGGUUAACCCUAGAGGGACCUGGCACCCAGACCACGUCAUUAAGCUGAAGUGGUCUCGGUGCCUAUAGUGAUCCUUUAAGGAACCUGCUGGAGAUGCAACUAGGAGCAUGAGAUUUCAUUUUAUGUAGUUCAGAAAGUAAUGUACAGACGUACAAACCUAUGUCAUGGGAUGGCUUUAUUUUUGUAGUGCGUUGCAAUAUUAACAAAAUAGACAUUGCAUAGCUUAUCAUAGUAUUAACCGAAAAAGUACAAUACGUUACAUAGCUACAUAGAUGAAGAGACUUGUGUCCAUCAAUUUCAGCCUUCAUCACAUUUCUUUUUGCUGUUGAUCCAAAGGAAGGCAAAAAACCCAGUCUGAAGAUCUUCCAAUUUUGCAAUGAACUAGGAAGAAAUUCCUUCUUGACCCCAGAAUGAUCCUUGGAUCAAGCAGCUAUUACCCCACUAAUUAGAAAUUAUAUCCCUGUAUGUUAUGUUUUUGCAAGUAUUUAUUCAAUUGCUGUUUAAACAUUUGUAUUGCCUUUGAUAAAACCACAUCUGAAUCACUGCGGUUUUGAAAUUAAUGUAUAUGAACAUGUACAUUUAGUGUUGGUAGGUUAAGUGAUAAAACCAAAUAUGUUGAGCAGAAUGGCAUGGUAAGUGUGGCAUGUUUUCCUCAGUUUGUUCUGCACAUGAUUGAGGAACCCUGGGCCCCUGAACAGGGACACAUCCUAGUUGAGAGGUAAAUGUGACCCUGAUUGCUCAGUAGCCAGAGGAGAGGCAACCCUAGUCCCCAUGCAGAGAGCAGCCAACGCCAUUACUGUCAGGACAGUCCCCAGCUUCACUCCUUGAUCUACGGGUAACUCUGCAUCAUGUGUCUGUACCAGCCUGCACUCUGAUUACCUCGGGAACCGCUUUGCCAGUCAGGCGAUCUCAGUGUGUUCAGUGUAGAUUGGUAGCACCCCAGGCCAGGCCUCGGGAGAAGGAUGUUGCUCAGAUAUCACCCAGAGUGCCUGCUGUGAAUGUCGAGAGCCCUUCUCCACGGAGUGCUGGUCAGGCUCAGCUGCCAUGUUGAGGGUUAGGUGAGGCCUUCGAUCAGAAUAGGCGUUAGUAGGGCCCCAGGGUAGGCCUGGAUGAUCCCCACAGGGCCAUCAUAUUGCAGAAAGGCAGUGUCUGUCCACCCUACUCACCACCUGGGUAGGCUUGAGUAGGCCUUGGUCAGAGAUUGUUUUUCUCCCCUGAAGGGGCUGAUCCACAUAGUGCAGUUGCCUGUGUCUCCGCACCAUAAACUGCUUUUUGGGACCGAAUUGUCUAUAAAAAAAAUAAUAAUAAAUAUAAUAUAAUAUAAUAGCUAGUGUUCCAUGUGUCUACUCCACUGGGUGGUACGGCCCCAGGGACGGCUUGUUCUGCAUAAACCUACACAACAGAAAUUAGACCGGAAAUAAACACUCAGAUCACUUUCAGACACAUUGUCCUCUAACUUUACACUUUAGAAGCACAAGCCCUUGACACAAAUCCUUAUCCAUUCUGAAAUCUUACGAGGUAAGAGUUCUCACUAUUCUCCAUAUUUCUGUAAAGAAUGAGCAAUGAACAAAUUAAAAUGGGGAUAACCUAUUUGCAUCCAUUUAUGCACAAAACAUUGUUCAACAAAAUCAGUCAAAAUAUUGAGGCAUGAAUUUAAAAUGUAAUUUAUCUCUGCAUACUUGAAGUAUAUUUUUUUUCUUUUGGCUAGGUUCAAAUAGACCCUUAUCUGGAAGACUCAGUUUGCCAGGUCUGCAAUUCUCAGCCUGGUCCUUUCUUCUGCAGAGACCAGGUAAAUUAUAAUCUACAAAGAGCAAUAUCACACUAAGUGUUCAUUUUUAUCUCUUUAGUUCUGAUAGUAACUGUUUUCCAGUAGCCCAGGAAGGUUGUUAAUAUUUCUUGACUUUUUUUUUAUGCAAUUGUUGGUAGAAUCCCAAUGCACUGCUUUGGACCAAUGCACAUAGUCUUCAUUGACUGUUCUUACACAGUCCAAAAUUUGACUUUAACGCUGUUCUGUAAUUCUUUAACCUCUCGCAUGACCUAGUUUAAUUCCCAUAAAGCGGCUCUGAGCAAUCAUGAUACCUAUAGAGCGGCUGCUUCCAGUGCUCUAAUUUACCGCAGACGUAUGAGGUACGUCCGCAGUCCUUAAGGACAGUUGUGUAUUUAUUUAUAUUUUGCCCGACGUACCUCAUAUGUCCGGUCCUUAAAGGGUUAAAAGGCAGCCGAUCAGCCACUUCCUGAUAAGUGUAUUUGUGCUAGAUGUACAUCUGACCUCUAUCCUUCAACUUUGGAAGAUGGAAUUUAAUUUGUGAUUUGUUAGUCAGAAGAUUAACAGAUACAGUAAAGCUUGGAAUUCUCACAAGUAUGAGUCGAAUUAUCGCUCCUUGUAUGACAUCUAGCUUUGUACAUGCAUGAGAUCUGCAGAUGUUUAUGCUCCUGCAAUAUCUAAUCUACCCCAGUUUUCUUGUUCCUGCCACAGUAUUAUCGCAACCACAAAGCCAGCUGUAGUAGCUAGGCAUUCAGAAAGGUGAAUCUUGUUGCGAUAUGAUAGAACUAAUUAUCUGAUCAAUACACAGGUUUAAUUUUGGUCUUGUCCUCCCCAUAGGUUUGCUUCAAGUAUUUCUGCCGCUCCUGCUGGCAUUGGCAACACUCAAUGGAGAUCCUGCGUCACCACCGCCCACUCAUGCGUAACCAGAAGAGCCGUGACUCCAGCUAAAGGCAUGGUGAAAUUCAUGACCACAGUUGAGAUGAGUUUCUGCUGCUGGACUUGUGGGAAAGGCAGAAAGCGUCCAGUUUCCCUCCCUCCAACAUUGGGAGCACUUAUUAUUUUUAUUUUUUUUCAGGAUUUAAUGACAAGUCAGUGGAUUGUGAGGGGAAAGUCACUUUUUUGCACUUACUGUACCUUGUGAUAGUUUUAUGCACUAGUGCACAGUGAAUUUUUGUGUUUUGUUUUUUUUAGGUUUGUGGAGGGGAAGAUCCUCCUAUAAGGAGUGUUUUGCAGUUCCCAGACUGGUCCUCUUAACACUUGCUGAAAGUAAGCAAUGUGCGUGGGCCUUUAGUUUCCGAAGGUUAUGGCUACUGAUGCCUCUUUGCCUUGAGUCAAAUUUUUUUUUUAUAUUACAGGCGCUUCUUGUUUUACAUUCCUUGCAAUACUGCUGGUGAUAAUGCAAAUCUCAUUAACACUUUACCCCCACAUACGUUGCCAUACAGUGCCUUCCGAUUUAUUUAAUGUCCCGUCUGAACCACAUAAACUGUUCAGCUGACAUUUUUACUGUAUCAACAAUAGCAGGAUAUGCUCUUGAUUUAAUCCAAUCAUAUUUCAUAUUUUUACCCUCUGUGGGAUUUUUACCAGUUCCUUUUUACACUCUUAAAGACGGUUUUUAAGUCCUUUUUUUUUUCUUUUUUUUUCUUUGUCGUUUUUUCCUCUUUUUCAGUUUCCCUUUUCUGGCAGCUUUUAACAUGAUUGCAACUUUUUUCUGUUUCUGGGAGCUGCUAGUUUAAAAUAAGAAAAAUCUAAAAAUAUUUGUAAAACAGAAUUUGCAACUGAAAAGGACAGACUUGGGGCCUUUACUGAACCAUAUAUUGACCUUGUGUGUGUAUAUAGUUUUAAGGAUGUUUGUUGCACUUUUUUAAUUUGCACUUCAGGGGAUGGUAGCGUUUUUAAUCACUUUCUGUUUGUAUUUGGCUGGACAUAAAGGGCUGAGAUAUAUAUUUUUGUCUGAGAAUGGGGUAGAGGCAAGAGAUAUGGUGAGACCUUUCUCCUGGAGGGAAUAAGUAUCCAUGCUCUCUGUUGGCUUUUAAGAAACAGCUAACAUAUGCAAACUGUUGCAGGCCUUUAAAAACAAAAAUGUCCGUAAUUCUUUCCUUUUUAUUUGUCCCCUUGCCCCCUCUGUAUGGAAGCUCUGUGCCAAAGAUCCCACUGUCUGUGUAUCUCUUCCUCCUCCCAGUACAUGCUGCGCUAUCUGCACUCUAACUACCCUUAAAGGGGUAUGUCUGUGAAGCUGUGUGUAAAGUCUCUACCUCAUUGUAGUUAUGCAAGCAGAAGAUGCACUUAACCUACAGAUGUGGUGUAGUUUAUUUGUUUUUUGUUUUUUCUUUUUGGCACAUAAUAAACACGUUGAAGCAGUAA